AUGGCUGUCCCUCCGAGUGUGAUGAAGAGAUGGAAGGAGGGGGGGCGGGGGAAGAGUGAGUCCUCCAGUAGAAAAUGUCUGUCAAACACUGACAGGAAAGUAACCUGGGCUGGGAGAGAGCAUGAGUCCAUGACUGCAAAGUGAUUCCAUACGAAACCAGGACAAAAAAAGACAAUGAUAUUGGGAUUUUUAUUAAAUGUAAUCCAUAGAAUGUACCUUUGGAAGAAGGAUUGUUGACAUAUAUUUGACAUUUGUAUCUAAAAGCAUAAUUGAGAAAUCAUUUUGGCCUUACCAAGACCUCCUUUAAGACUCCAUAAUGUUUCAUCUGUAGGUGUUACAAAGCAACAAUUUGUGUCAUAUGAAGCUUUACCAUUUGCUCUGUAAUAUGAGUAGUCUUUUUAUUUCCAUAACAAUAAUCAUAAAUAUGGAAAAAUAUAAACAUGAAUAUGGAAAAACACAAUGCUUGAUUUGGCAACAUUUUCUAUAUAUUGUUGAACAUAAUAUAGUCUACGGACAUACAGUUGAAGUCGGAAGUUUACAUACACCUUAGCCAAAUACAUUUAAACUCAGUUUUUCACAAUUCCUGACAUUUAAUCGUAGUAAAAUUCCCUGUCUUAGGUCAGUUAGGAUCACCACUUUAUUUGAAGAAUGUGAAAUGUCAGAAUAAUAGGAGAGAGAAUGAUUUAUUUCAGCUUUUAUUUAUUUCAUCACAUUCCCAGUGGGUCAGAAGUUUACAUACACUCAAUUAGUAUUUGGUAGCAUUGCCUUUAAAUUGUUUAACUUGGGUCAAACGUUUCGGGUUGCUUCCCACAAUAAGUUGGGCCCAUUCCUCCUGACUGGUGUUACUGAGUCAGGUUUGUAGGCCUCCUUACUCGCACACGCUUUUUCAGUUCUGCCCACAAAUGUUCUAUAGGAUCGAGGUCAGGGCUACGGAUAUCUGGAUAUUCUUAAUACGUGUUUUUUUUAAUUUUUUAUGUACGGUUUUAACCUAUGCACUGCGGUGCGAGGGAUAGAGGCUGACGCUCUUGCUGCAGAGAGGCCAGUGUGAGAUGGGACCGAGCAGAUGGAGGGAGAGAGAGGGAAGCAGUAACGUUAGUCAAGGCAACUCGGCUACAGCCAAGACUAGCUAACUUGUAGCAGCCACAAUGUUAUUUAUCAUCCCAUAUAACAGUGCCUGUCUUGACUGGAGUAGCCAAGCCUAGAGAAGCUAGCUCUAGGUAAGCUAAUUGAGGCUACAUGAUGUGCUUUCUCCCCAACCCCAUUCAGAUAAAACAACAGACUACCUGUUGGUUGCUCAUUGUAGCCUACUCCUAAUUUCGUGAACUUUUAAACAGCAAAAAUAUUUUCUAAGUGGCAAAUAUUUUUGAAAAAUUCCAAUCUGGUUUUUGGGCCCACCACAGCACAGAGACAGCCUUAGUUAAAGUGGUAAAUUAUCUUAUAGCCAACACAGAUGCCAAACACCUCUCUGUCCUUGUACUCUUGGAUUUAAGUGCUGCAUUCGACACCGUUGACCAUGAUGUCCUUCUGGACAGACUGGAGAGGUGGGUUGGCCUCUUCUAAAUUGGUUUAGGACCUAUUUAACCGGUCGAGAGUUUUUUGUCGCCCUUGGUGAACAUAACUCAGAGAAAAUGCAUAUCACGUGGCGUUCCACAAGGUUUGAUUUUGGGUCCGGUACUGUUCAAUUUAUAUAUGUUACCCCUUGGCUACGCAGACGAUACACAACUUUACGUUUCUGUGUCACCAGAGGAUUUUAGCUCCACGGAUAAAUUAUUAAACUGUAUAAGUGAUUUAAAUACUUGGAUGACUCACAACUUCCUCCAGCUAAAUCAAGACAAGACUGAGGUACUUAUUGUUGGAGCCAAAGCACAGAGAGUGAAUCUGGCCACACAUUUUAAUUCACAGGCCAUAAAGGUAAAAAUCCUAGGUGUUAUUUUAGAUUCUGAACUCAAUUUUGAAUCACACAUUAGGAAUGUGCGCAAAAUAGCUUUUUACCACCUGAGGAACAUUGCCAAGGUGCAGCCGUUUCUCUCUCAGGCUGAUACAGACAGACUCAUUCAUGCUUUUAUUACAAGCAGACUUGACUACUGUAAUGCUCUCCUGUCUGGUCUACCCAAGAAAGCCAUUGGUCAACUGCAAAACAUACAGAAUGCUGCAGCACGGGUACUGACCAAGACCAGACGGAGAGCACACAUUACACCGGUUUUAAGGUCUCUGCACUGGCUGCCUGUGAGUUUUAGACUACAUUUUACGAUUCUUCUAUUGGUUUUUAAAUCAAUCCAUGAUUGUGCACCCUAAUACAUGUCAGAUAUGCUUUUAAGUUAUGUACCCAGUAGGUCCCUCAGGUCCUUUGGCACUGGCCUUUUAACUAUCCCAAAGCCUAGGACCAAGAGGCAUGGAGAGGCAGCCUUUAGUUACUAUGCCCCUAGCCUCUGGAAUAGCCUGCCAGAGAACCUAACCUGAGGGUGGCCGAAACUGUGGACAUUUUUAAGAGAGAUCUUAAAACAUACCCUUUUUAGCUUUCCUUUUCCUUAGGAUGCUUUUUAGUUGUUCAGUUUCUAUUGUUAUUAUUUCGUUUUGUUUCCUCUUAUGUUUGUUGUGUAGUAAAUAUUUCAGUUUUUAUUUUCAUUGUUUUUAUUAGUUUUUUCCUGGGAUGCACAUUGUGUUGCAUUCCGUGUCUGAAAUGUGUUGUUUAAAUAAAGCUUGAUUUGAUUUGAUUUGAUGACCUCCUGUUUGAAGUGUUAAACCUCCUAUCAAUGGGGCUAACAUGGAUAAAUACAGGCUUACUCAGUUAGAAAGAGAGAGACCGUAUUCAUUGUCUGUAUUCAUGAAGUGUCUCAAAGUAGAACUGCUGACAUUUAGCCUUUUAGAACAUUAUCAAUAAGAUUAUAUGGACAGGGGCGAACUGAUCCUACAGUACCAGUCAAAAGUUUGGACACACCUACUCAUUCCAGGGUUUUUCUUUCUUUCUUUUUACUAUUUUCUACACUGUAGAAUAAUAGUGAAGACAUCAAAACUAUGAAAUAACAUAUAUGGAAUCAUGUAGUAACCAAAAAGUGUUAAACAAAUGAAAUAUAUUUCAUAUUUGAGAUUCUUCAAAGUAGCCAUCCUUUGCCUUGAUGACAGCUUUGCACACUUGGCAGCCAGGCCCAUCCACUGGGGAGCCAGGCCCUGCCAAUCAGAAUAUGUUUUUUCCCCGCAAAAGGGCUUUAUUACAGACAUAAAUACCCCCCCCCCCCCCCCCCCCCCCCCCCCCCAUAACGCAUACGUUUUAUCAACAACAGAUUAUGGUCAAUAAUAUCAGAGGCUGCAUUGAAAUCUAACAGUACAGCUCCCACUAAUCAUAUUAUCAAUUUCUUAGUCAUUUGUGUUAGUGCAGUACAUGUUGAGUGCCCUUCUCUAUAAGCAUACUGAAAGUCUGUUGUUAAUUUGUUUACAGAGAAAUAGGAUUGUAUUUAGUCAAACACAAUUACUUUUACAACAGUUUGCUAAGAGCUGGCAGCAAGCUGAUAGGGCUGUUGUUAGAACCAGUAAUGGCCGCUUAACCGCUCUUGAGUAGCGGAAUGACUGGCUUCCCUCUACGCCUGAGGACAGACACUUUCCUCUAGACUCAGAUUAAAGAUAUGACAGAUAGUAGUGUCUAUAGAGUCCGUUAUCAUCCUCAGUAGCUUUCCAUCUAAGUUGUCAAUGUCAGGAGGUUUGUCAUUAUUAAUCGAUGACAAUCAUUUUUCCACCUCUCCCACACUAACUUUUCAGAAUUCAAACUUACAAUGCUUUUCUUUCGUUAUUUGUUUUUUUAUGCAUGAAUACGAUGGCUCACAGUUUGUUGUUGGCAUUUCCUGCCUACGUUUUCUUCACUUUGCCAAAGAAGUAAUCAUUAAAAUAAUUGGAAACAUCAAAUGGUUUUGUGAUGAAUAAGCCAUCUGAUUCGAUGAAAGAUUUGAAUUUGUCUUGCUGCACAUACUUUCAUUUAAAGUACUCCAAAGUUUUUUCCCCCAUCAUUCUUUAUAUCAUUGAUCUUGGCUUCAUAAUACAGUUUCUUCUUCUUUUUGUUGAAUUUAGUCACAAACCUGUAAGGCAGGGUCUAAAUUUGCAGUAAAUCAGCCAGUAAGAUGUGCAGCCAGACUUAUUAGCCACUCCUUUUUCCCAAUCUCUUUCAACCAUACAGUUUUUCAAUUCCUCAUCAAUCCAUGGAGCCUUUAACAGUUCUAACAGUCCGUUUCUUAACAGGUGCAUGUUUAUCAAUAAUUGGAAGAAGCAAGUUCAUAAAUUCAUGAAGUGCAGCAAAAUAUUUUGUAUGAUCUCUUAUACACUAUUUUAGGCCCAGCUUUUGGAACUUUGGUUCUUGUAUAUAGCCACUCUUUUGUGAUCACUGCAUCCAAUAGUUACGGAUACUGCUUUAGAACAACGUUUUGACAUUUACAUUUACGUCAUUUAGCAGACGCUCUUAUCCAGAGCGACUUACAAAUUGGUGCAUUCACCUUAUAGCCAGUGGGAUAACCACUUUACAAUAUGUUUAUUUAUUUUUUUAUUUCCUAGGGGUGGGGUAAGGGGGGGUAGAAGGAUUACUUUAUCCUAUCCCAGGUAUUCCUUAAAGAGGUGGGGUUUCAAGUGUCUCCGGAAGGUGGGGAGUGACUCCGCUGUCCUGGCGUCGUGAGGGAGCUUGUUCCACCAUUGGGGUGCCAGAGCAGUGAACAGUUUUGACUGGGCUGAGCGGGAACUGUGCUUCCGCAGAGGUAGGGGGGCCAGCAGGCCAGAGGUGGAUGAACGCAAUGCCCUCAUUUGGGUGUAGGGACUGAUCAGAGCCUGAAGGUACGGAGGUGCCGUAACCCCUCACAGCUCCGUAGGCAAGCACCAUGGUCUUGUAGCAGAUGCGAGCUUCAACUGGAAGCCAGUGGAGUGUGCGGAGGAGCGGGGUGAUGUGGGAGAACUUGGGAAGGUUGAACACCAGACGGGCUGCGGCAUUCUGGAUGAGUUGUAGGGGUUUAAUGGCACAGGCAGGGAGCCCAGCCAACAGCGAGUUGCAGUAAUCCAGACGGGAGAUGACAAGUGCCUGGAUUAGGACCUGUGCCGCUUCCUGUGUAAGGCAGGGUCGUACUCUCCGAAUGUUGUAGAGCAAGAACCUACAGGAUCGGGUCACCGCCUUGAUGUUAGCGGAGAACGACAGGGUGUUGUCCAGGGUCACGCCAAGGCUCUUUGCACUCUGGGAGGAGGACACAACGGAGUUGUCAACCGUGAUGGCGAGAUCAUGGAAUGGGCAGUCCUUCCCCGGGAGGAAGAGCAGCUCCGUCUUGCCGAGGUUCAGCUUGAGGUGGUGAGCCGUCAUCCACACAGAUAUGUCUGCCAGACAUGCAGAGAUGCGAUUCACCACCUGGUUAUCAGAAGGGGGAAAGGAGAAGAUUAGUUGUGUGUCGUCUGCAUAGCAAUGAUAGGAGAGGCCAUGUGAGGAUAUGACAGAGCCAAGUGACUUGGUGUAUAGCGAGAAUAGGAGAGGGCCUAGAACUGAGCCCUGGGGGACACCAGUGGUGAGAGCACGUGGUGCGGAGACAGAUUCUCGCACGCCACUUGGUAGGAGCGACCUGUCAGGUAGGACGCAAUCCAAGUGAGCCGCGCUGGAGAUGCCCAACUCGGAGAGGGUGGAGAGGAGGAUCUGAUGGUUCACAGUAUCAAAGGCAGCAGACAGGUCUAGAAGGACAAGAGCAGAGGAGAGAGAGUUAGCUUUAGCAGUGCGGAGAGCCUCCGUGACACAGAGAAGAGCAGUCUCAGUUGAAUGACCAGUCUUGAAACCUGACUGGUUUGGAUCCAGAAGGUCAUUCUGAGAGUUCUACAGUAUUAGUAAAAAUGUGAUCAAUACAUGUGGAUGAUCUUGCAUUGCUUGCUGUUUGGGGUUUUAGGCUGGGUUACUGUAUAGCACUUUGUGACAUCUGCUAAUGUAAAAAGGGCUUUAUAUAUACAUUUGAUUAAAUGUGAUUGACUGUAGUGUUUGUAAACACCCUGGUAGGUUGAUCAGAUUACAGGCACUGGUUACAGUGAGGAGAUUCCUCUUGAGCAUACAGCUUGAUGAAAACCAGUCGAUAUUCUGGUCCCCAAUAAAGUAGAGCUCUCUGUUUACAUCACAUACACUAUCAAGCAUUUCACACACAUUAUUUAGAUACUGACUGUUAUCACUUAGUGGCCUAUAGCAACACCCCAAAAUAAUAGGCUUUAGAUGAGGCAGGUGAACCUGCAACCACAACACUUCAAUAACACUUGACAUGAGAUCUUCUUUAAGCAUUACAGGGAUAUGGUUCUGAAUAUAUAAAGCAACACCUCCCCCAUAAGCAGUCCCGUCUCUUCUUUAGACUCUAUAUCCUUGUAUUGCUACUGCUGUAUCAUCAAAGGAAUUAUCUAAGCGAGUCUCAGAAAUUGGUAAUAUAUUAAUGUUAUCUGAUGUUAGCAAGUUAUUGAUUCCAUGAACCUUAUUUCUAAGGCUACAUAUAUUAAUAUGGGCUGUUUUCAGCCCUUUCCUGGGUAGCUAAUCAGUGAUAGACAUAAUAUGUAAAAUAGCAAACAAAGCAAGAGAAAAAAAACAUUCAGCAGUCCAUUAUCAGUUGGUGUGUGUGUGUGUGCUGCGGGGUUGAAGAUACAAACCCAUAGGUUUGGCUCUCUCAUCCCUUCCAGGCUUUUGGGAGGGAGGGUGGACAAUGAGCCUGUCAUAGCAGAUGUAAGCAAUGUCCCCACGCGCUCUGGCAGCUUUCAUGGCUGGGAUAAGUUCUUUCCUCUUCUGACGCACAGCUUCAGGAUAGUCCUCAUUGAGGAAGAUGUAUGUUCCUCUCAAGUUCUUGGCUCUUUCCAGAACAGCUACCUUGUCCUUGAACCUCAGGAACUUGACCACUAUCGGCCUGGGCAGGUGGUGGGUUUUCCAGUCCUGUGGGCAUGCUCCACUUCAAUCUUUCUGUGGUCCAUCUUCAGUUUCUCCGAGAUCAUUUCCCUCACUUUGUCCUCAGACUCCGUCCAGGUCUCAUGUGGAGAUUCUGCAAUUCCGUCCACAACCAUGUUGUUCCGCCUUGAUUGUCCCUCGAGAUAAUCAGAUUUCUCCAUCAUUAUUAUCAUGGAUUCACAUAUAGAACUGAUUGUCCUCUAUCAAUUACUUACUGUCAUCUUGCCAUUAUCCUGUUUAAACUCAUCAAGCUGACCCUGGGAGAACUGCAAACUGUUCUUCAGGUCCUGGACCUCUGGUCAGGUCGUCCAUUCUUUUAUUAGUUGACUCCACCAGUAUUGGACACAACACUUGAAGCUAUUUUCUUGUUGUUGUAACAACCUCUUGUAGAACUCUUUUUAUUUGUUUAAAAGAUAAUUCACCUGUCAUAGAGAGACACCACUGUCCUCAACGGUACUCCCACUGGCUUUGGUGUUUGUCAUGGUAGCAAUGUAGGCUACGCUGUUACUCCUCGCAGUUCCAGACAGGGAAGAUGGAAACGGCAACAAACAGCAGGAUCUAGACAGCCACAAGCCUGGGACAAUCUGCGGUCCCAGCCACAAGGGCUAACCGCGUCGUGGGCUUCAUUCAAGCCCUCAUGCCUGUGUUUUCCACUCUUUCCAUAUUGUUUCACAGUGGGGCCUUAGGGAAAUCACCAGAUGCGACAAGUAGACCUAUACAGACAAGCAGAAAUCCCACUCUGGAACUUUGAUAUGCCCGUAGAGUAUAUUAUGUUCAAUAAUAUAUUGAACAAUUUUGCAAAUCAGAUGUUUUAUAUUUUCAAUGUUCAUGUUUCUAUUUGUCCAUAUUCAUAAACUAGUCAUUACAGAGCAAGCGGUAAAACUUAAUAUGACACAAUUGUUUGCAUUGUAGCACCUACAGAUGAAACAUUAUGGAGUCUUAACCUUUUCACACAUGAGUUCCAAAUAUGUCUAACAGUCGCCCCAGAAUGAGUAUUUUUAUGCAGAAUUUCUCACUGUUCCAAAAUGUGAUUGUUACGCAACAGGAAAGUUACCCACACUGCCCUCAAACUAAGGCACGCUGCCUGCUAAUUAUCUAUAGGCUAUGUUUCAACUUGUCAAUUUCAAAUUAUUUUCUAACAACAGUUUGAAUUGAGGUGUGUUCCACAUCUUCAUUAAUUUACAUAGAAGUAGCCCAUUUCAUGGUUGCGGACAAUAUAUGUUUGAGGCUUUACUGAGAAGGACAAACUUCUCUCUUCAACUAGAGCCCAAGCACUUCCCAAGUGUUUCCCCCAGAUGAAGUAUGCAGACAUUUGCUCAUCUCUAGUCAGAAAAGAGCUUGCACAAAGUUUUCCCCCUGGCACAUUUUCUGGCUGGCGCCCACAUUGCCUUCAUUGUUGUAUUCAUUACUAAUAAUAACUUUGGAUAUGUGUGCGUUCCUAUCAAAGUAAGUGCCUUAUUACGUUAUCUUUAUAGUUUCUGUAUAUCGUGUUGUCGUUUCUACUGUAGCACACCGUUUGUAUGGAGCAUCAUGUAUUUACUGUUUUAUUCACGUUUUCAAAUACUGGUGACAAAUCAUGCAUUCCGAUUCUUGCAUAGAUUGUAAUGGACACAUACAGUGAGGGGAAAAAAGUAUUUGAUCCCCUGCUGAUUUUGUACGUUUGCCCAAUGACAAAGACAUGAUCAGUCUAUAAUUUUAAUGGUAGGUUUAUUUGAACAGUGAGAUACAGAAUAACAACAAAAAAAUCCAGAAAAACGCAUGUCAAAAAUGUUAUAAAUUGAUUUUCAUUUUAAUGAGGGAAAUAAGUAUUUGACCCCUCUGCAAAACAUGACUUAGUACUUGGUGGCAAAACCCUUUUGGCAAUCACAGAGGUCAGAUGUUUCUUGUAGUUGGCCACCAGGUUUGCACACAUCUCAGGAGGGAUUUUGUCCCACUCCUCUUUGCAGAUCUUCUCCAAGUCAUUAACGUUUUGAGGCUGACGUUUGGCAACUCAAACCUUCAGCUCCCUCCACAGAUUUUCUAUGGAAUUAAGGUCUGGAGACUGGCUAGGCCACUCCUUUGUUGCCUUGGCCGUGUGUUUUGGGUCAUUGUCAUGCUGGAAUACCCAUCCACGACCCAUUUUCAAUGCCCUGGCUGAGGGAAGGAGGUUCUCACCCAAGAUUUGACAGUACAUGGCCCGUCCAUCGUCCCUUUGAUGUGGUGAAGUUGUCCUGUCCCCUUAGCAGAAAAACACCCCCAAAGCAUAAUGUUUCCACCUCCAUGUUUGAUGGUGGGGAUGGUGUUCUUGGGGUCAUAGGCAGCAUUCAUCCUCCUCCAAACACGGCGAGUUGAGUUGAUGCCAAAGAGCUCGAUUUUGGUCUCAUCUGACCACAACACUUUCACCCAGUUCUCCUCUGAAUCAUUCAGAUGUUCAUUGGAAAACUUCAGACGGCCCUGUAUAUUUGCUUUCUUGAGCAGGGGGACCUUGCGGCCGCGGCAGGAUUUCAGUCCUUCACGGCGUAGUGUGUUACCAAUUGUUUUCUUGGUGACUAUGGUCCCAGCUGCCUUGAGAUCAUUGACAAGAUCCUCCCGUGUAGUUCUGGGCUGAUUCCUCACCGUUCUCAUGAUCAUUGCAACUCCACGAGGUGAGAUCUUGCAUGGAGCCCCAGGCCGAGGGAGAUUGACAGUUCUUUUGUGUUUCUUCCAUUUGCGAAUAAUCGCACCAACUGUUGUCACCUUCUCACCAAGCUGCUUGGCGAUGGUCUUAUAGCCCAUUCCAGCCUUGUGUAGGUCUACAAUCUUGUCCCUGACAUCCUUGGAGAGCUCUUUGGUCUUGGCCAUGGUGGAGAGUUUGGAAUCUGAUUGAUUGAUUGCUUCUGUGGACAGAUGUCUUUUAUACAGGUAACAAACUGAGAUUAGGAGCAUUCCCUUUAAGAGUGUGCUCCUAAUCUCAGCUCGUUACCUGUAUAAAAGACACCUGGGAGCCAGAAAUCUUUCUGAAUGAGAGGGGUCAAAUACUUAUUUCCCUCAUUAAAAUGCAAAUCAAUUUAUACAAUUUUUGACGUGCGUUUUUCUGGAUUUUUGUGUUGUUAUUCUGUCUCUCACUGUUCAAAUAAACCUACCAUUAAAAUUAUAGACUGAUCAUGUCUUUGUCAGUCGGCAAACGUACAAAAUCAGCAGGGGAUCAAAUAAUUUUUUCCCUCACUGUAUGAUGUGUGUAAAAUACUUUUUGGAUGGUUGUACUGAUUAUGAUGAGCUAAUGCUAAGCUAAAUGCUAGAUAUGUGUGGCACCAUGUUUGUUGACAUCAUACAAUGCAUUCUGGUUGUCACGUAAAAGUCUGUGAGACCAAAGAUGUUAUAACAAAACGAUGUGAAGGAAUGGUUCACUCGACUGACUUAGAUUGUAACUAUCGUUACUCAGGGUUGCCAUCUCAGACACUCUUUCCAGGGGUUUUAUUUUUAUUUUACUUAUAUACUUCUCCUGUGUUUGCCCCUCAUUUAUUGAUAAAUCCCCCAUCAUAAUAAUAUUUCCUGUAUCAUAUCCCCCCACGAUACCUUCACCCAUUUCUACCCCCCAUAGACUUGAAAUCCCCCACAAAUGAAAUUAACCCCUCCCACAACCCCCCCUAAAAUGGUUUCUCCCAAAUCUGGCAACCCUGUUUAACUUUCGCGCUACGGUUAGACUAGGCAGUAGGCUUGUAUUUGGGGUGAUGAUCUGUACAUAGAAGAUUUGGUAAUAUGCUGAAAAGUGGCCAAACUAAGUUCAUAUUUUUCGGGCAAUGGGCUUUGACUUUGUUUAUUUGCGUUUUAUAGUGAAUUCUGGGAUUAGGGAGUUUUUGCUUGUCAAACAUAAACAAACAUGGCUGCCAUCAUAUAAAAUGUAGCUGUUGUUAGCUUAGCUGACACGCAUCUAUUUUCUAAACAAUAUUACAUUUCUCCCUUGUACUCACUAGAGAUGUGGUACAUUGAAGUCUAGCUGUUAGCGCAACCUGUUAUUUAGACUGGUUUAUGGAAUGAGUUUGGCUGUGAUGUGUGAUGCUUGGAUGAUGAAGUUUGCAUUUAUCUUUUACAAUAAAAGGUCAAAUUAAGGAAUAAAGUUGUGAAGACCUUUAUUUCCCAUCAGUACAAAAUAUUGUUUAGAUGCUUUUCAGACAACAAUACUGUUUAGACGCGUUUGUUGCAUCACACUUUCUGUUGCUACGGUUCCAAUCACAUAUUUGCGAUGGUACGCUGCAGGGGCCACUCAACAAUGAUCACAAAUAUGUGAUUGUACACGUCAAAGGGUUGAAGGAGGCCUUGGUAAGGUCAAAAUGUUUACAUUAUUUCUUAAGAUACAAAUUUCAAAUACUGUAUAUGUCAACAGUCCUUCCUCCAAAUGACCUUUCUAUGGAUUGAAUUAUGUGAAAUCCCCCGAAAUCAUGGGCUUUUUUUUCCUCGUUUUGUGAGGAAUCACCCACCUAUGCUGUGUAUUUGGAGAUGUGGGGUCUCUUUGGUGGGUGGAUGUCUAAAUGUGUGUUGUCUACAGUAUCUAACCCAUUCUCCUCUCGCUCUGUAGAUGACAGUAUCUCGGCGGCGAGUGCGUCUGAUGUGCAGGACCGUCUGUCGUCUUUGGAACUGCGUGUCCAGCAGCAAGAGGAUGAGAUCACUGUGAUGAAGGCGGCGCUGGCCGACGUGCUGCGACGCCUGGCGCUCUCCGAGGACACGGCCACCACUGCCAAGAAACAGACUAGCACCAAAGGUAGUCAGUCACCCCUUGAACCCUGACCCCUGAACUGUCUGUCGUCACCAUCACUGUCACCAUCUGAUGUACUCUCAUGAUUAUACCUGCAAUCUGCAGGUUUUUUGCAAACCCUCAGAAAUCUGCAUGGGUAGGUUCUUAAAACCAACCUGCAAGGGGCAAUUUAACAGGGGCAGUUUUACAAACUGAUCAUGCACUGUCAAAUCCAUCUGCACUAGCUUCUGUACCAUUUACCAUAACUUCCCUCCAGCAAUGGAAAUUCCAUUCAUCACCACUUUCCCAAUGGCUCGUUCAGCCCCUCUCCUCUCCCUUACAUUUCUUCACCAGGUCGUAGUUGUGAAAGAGAGCUCUAUCCUGUAUUCCUCCACUUGUGUUUACAUGAAGAAGUUCAGGAUGGAGCCUGGAUCUGUUAACAGUUCCACUCCGACCUUGACCCCCGGCUUCUAUUACCCUCUCAAACCGACACACACCAACACAUGCUUACACAUCCCAUUCAAUCACAAUCUAACAUUAUAUUCUCCAUGACGAAUGUGCUCCAUUUUCUCUCACACAAUUAUCCAACCUCUGGUUAACACAUUAAUACUGUGGGUGUGUCGGCAGGGGGGCCUAAUUGUGGAUAAUGGAUCAUUAUCUGUGUGAAUGGCGACUCGGCAGCCUUGUCCUGACAUUUUACUUUCUCUAAUGGAGCCAAUUACUGUAUAUGAUCAUGUGGAAGUCUCUCUCUGGGAAGUGUCUUGGCUGGGAAACCAUGCAUGGGUCCUUGAUAAAGAGAUAUCCUGGCCCUGUUAAAAUUCUUUUAAAAAAUGCAUCCUUUCUUCCUUUCCUGAGGUAACCACUGAUCCAACAUGUAUAGAGUGAGAGCAUGGUUUCCAUUUCUAUGCUUUCACCUAUCCAUUCAUUUCAAAUGAGUAAUUCCUUCAAGGAAAUAAGGAUGCACUUGAAAAGUAUUGGAACAGGACCCUUACUGUAUAUGAAUGGUAGGAUAGGAGUUACUGUAUUGUGUGACAGCACUCACCCUGUGUCACCCUUGCUUAGCUCUUUUGUGACACAUCCCUCUGUCCAUCAUCUGUCACUCCUCCCUCCAGCCCCCUCUGAUCCCUUGUUCCGGUCAGCUCUCCAUUCCGCUGGUCACCUUUUUAUCUCAUUAUGACGUCACUCUCCUACUUAAUACCAUCUAUCACCAUAGUGACGACCCCUGGCAACCCCUUGCUGUGUGUGCGUACUACUCUAGUGAGUUAGUCAGCACUCCUGGCACAUUGACAUUGACUGAUGUUAUUUAGGGGUUAUUGAGUUGAUGUGUUACGGCAUUGGCAGUUUGGCACAUACAGUGGCAGAGCUUUGUGUCGUGGGCAGUAAUCUGGGACUGAAGCAGACAGGAAGCAAAGGAAAUCACAUGGUUCAGUUUAGUUUCUCUGCAGACACCCAUGCUCUGACUUCAAAGCCAACUCUACAGAGUAUGCAAACCACCGCCGCCCCACAUACACACACUCAGAGCACGCAUGCACACACAGAGCCCCUUCCUGCUCUUGUUAACUUACUCAAGUACCAGAAAUAUCUUCCUCUCCUGUUCAGUCUUCCUUUCCCCUCUACCACUUGCAUUAUUGGCCAGCACUGUAUCCCUUUCUCUCAUUCUCAUUUUUGUAAACUUUUCUCUUUUUCCAGCCCCCUAUCUUUAUCUUUCCAGCUCUCAUUCUUUCCACCCUUUCCACCAAAUCUUUCUAUUUUCCAAGUAAUUUAUUAUCAUGAACGAGGAAGCCAAGGCAUACGGAGGUUCUCUUAGUGUGGCACUAUGAACACUGCAGACACACACACACAGAGGUCACUUUCUCACUGGCUUGGGGCUGUCCUCCAGUCCUUCAGACCUCUGUAUGCAUGCACAAACACACACACAAACCUGUCAAUCACAUGGCAUCGAUGGGAGAGAUAAACGGUUUAUAAGAUCAGGAAGCCAGGUCGAUAGAUGAAGACCCUCCCUCUUGCAAGGCAUUAGUCAUUGUUGAUAUGCAGUGCCUUCAGAACGUAUUCAUACCCCUUGACUUAUUCCACGUUUUGUUCUGUUACAGCCUGCAUUUAAAAUGGAUUAAAUAGUGUGUGAAAUUGUGUGUAUUGUGUGAAAAUUAUUUUUCACACAAUACCCCAUAAUAACAAAGUGAAAACAUGAUUUUAGAAAGGGGCGUGAAUACUUUCUGAAGGUACAGUCUUUAGAAUAGGAUAGGUUUGAUUUUGGUUGACUUUUCAUUCAUUAGACUCAUUGAAUCUCCCUCUGGCCUUGUGUACCAGCAUUUCCAGUCUUCCCCCAAUUACACUCAGGCUGUCUUUUGUCUUGAUGUUGAGGGGGAGGGGAGGAGACUGGUGAGAGGAGGGAGGUGGUGGGGGCUGGUGGUUGGGGUAGGGAGGCCACCUCCUCCGCCAUGCUGUGUGUUUGUGCUGGGGAGGUAAUGGGCCGUGAAACUGGGCCUUGUGUCACUGACACGGAAUCAGGCAUCCACUGGGACGCCGCGCGCCCCCCAACAUAGCCCUGCCCCCCACAUAUCUUGGAGAGGAAACACGUCUCACCGAGUGAUGGUCAGCUGUUAGUCUGCCUUUCCUUCGGUGCGGUGUGUUUUAGGGACCACCCGUCGGUGGGCGUCUGACUGCCGACAUUUUUGCCAGUUCUACAUGUACAAUCGUUUUGCAAAUUAUGGCUGGCACACUGUUCAGAGGUGCUAAGUAUUCUUGGCUGGCAAAUGUUACCGGUGUGUCCGUGCCUUUACAGAAGUGUCAUUGAAGCUUCAUUGGGAGGAAGGAUGUGUUUGAUAUGCUUUUUACAUUCGUAUCACACAUCAUUUUGGAGAGAAUCAUGAUGGAAGUGGCCAUUUUAGGCCCUUUUUAGACUUAUUCAGACCAUCCUCCUGGAAGGCUCUAUGAUCCGUACUCUGUACAUGCUACAUACACCAUCUUGAUGCCAUUAUACUCCUUGUAGUGUGCUCUAGAAUAAGAACUAUGUCUAGAUUCUGGAGGGAAAAAAUGGACAUUAUUUUAUUCAAGAUUACAAAUAUUAUUAUUAACAUCUCAAAAGUACCCUUUUUGAUUUUGCUUAUAUUUAUACAUAUUGUUUGGAACAAUAUACUAUUCAAACACGUCAAAUUUCAAGAAUGGGCUCUCUGCUACUUUUGGAGAUAUGAUCCAUUUUAUACAUAGAAACUCACAUUAUAGGUAAUUAACCGAACAUGGCCCUCCUUUAGGAUUGUACAUUCAGCAAAUUACCAGCAGUUCCCUUUGAAUCAAUUUUCCCAUUCACUGUGUUGGGGGGGGGGGGGGGGUGAGCCAGGACCUGCUCUCCCUAAUCCUUCCUUUGUUCUCCAUCGGAUCAGACUCUUAACCCAUGUUUGUUUGUCUGUCUGCCGAGCAGUCAUACUCUCAUACUCCCUUGUUCAACCACUCCCCCUCCCUUUAAUCCCUAUAUACUGCUGUAGACAGUUGGGCUGUCCCCGACUCUUGGUCGACCGAAAGUCGUCUGUUUUUUCGACCAAUCGAUUGGUCGACAUUUUUAAACAUGUAUUUUUUCAUGUGUUUUAAUAAAAUCAACUAAAUGCUUGUCCUAUGCUGUUUAAUGAAAUAAAACACAAAUGACUCAAGAGGGGACCAGAGAUCAAGAUAACCAGAAGAGAAAAACCUUAACCUUACCCGACCAUCCUCCUCCUGCUCCUGCUGUCUUUCGCAGAUUCUGCCAUUACUCUCCUGAAGUUGCCGGUAAUAGGCUACAUGAGGAGUCGGAAACCUUUCUCAUGUAGAAUGCUGAUUUAUCUUACUAUUUAUACCGAUCUGCGUGCCAGUUAUGGUUUUCAUAUUCACAUUUUCGUAGAACAGUUUCAUUUAAUUUAUAAUAACAUCUUCGUAUCUCAAAACCAUUGUCAUGUGGUUAAUCAAAAUUCUAUCCAAAUCCAAAUGAAAAUAAUACAAACCUAAAAAGUAACUUAUAUUGCCAUUGCCAACUAUGUAAUAGCCUACAACAAAUAAAAACAUUGCAGUCUGCAGGUAGAAAAUAUCCUGUAAAUCGCAUUGGCUAUGCAUGGCCGGUCUGCAACGAACUUGAAACAUUGUGUCAACUAUCAUUUUGGGUCCAGAAAAGCUCACUAGCAAACUUGCAACAUUGUUUCCUGUGCCAGUGAGCUUGGGACAGACACAGCUGUAGGCUAUUUUGCGCAAGGGAUAAGAGCUCAUCAGGUAGAUAUAUUUUUAGGACGUUUCCACUGGAUCAGAGCAUGACAUUUUUCCCUUUCACGCUGAGUGGUUAUCGAAAGGGAGAGAGCUAGAAAGAUUUUUCAGGGCCUCCCGAGUGGCGCAUUGCAGUGCUAGAGGCGUCGCUACAGACCCGGGUUCGAUCCCAGGCUGUGUCGCAGCCGGCCGCGACCAAAAGACCCAUGAGGCGGCACACAAUUGGCCCAGCGUCUUCCGGGUUAUGGGAGGGUUUGGCCGGCCGGGAUGUCCUUGUCCCAUCGCGCUCUUGCGACUCCUUGUGGCGGGCCGGGCGCAUGCACGCUGACUUCGGUUGCCAGUUGUACGGUGUUUCCUCCGACACAUUGGUGCGGCUGGCCUUCCGGGUUAAGCGAGCAAUGUGUCAAGAAGCAGUGCGGCUUGGCAGGAUCUUGUUUCGGAGAACGCAUGGCUCUCGACCUUCCCCUCCCCUGAGUCAGUACGGGAGUUGCGGCGAUGGGACAAGACUGUAACUACCAAUUGGAUAUCACGAAAUUGGGGAGAAAAAGUGCAAAAAAACAACAAAAAAUAACAACAAUUUUUCUAAUACGUUGAGGAACUAUUGUCAUUCUCAAUGGAUGUAAAAACAGACUUUGUUUGCUUGCUGUUUGAGGUGAAGAAAACAUUACAUUGUGAAGCUCCACAGCUCAUUAGUGGUGGUGCAUUAAGCCAAUCAGAAAUACUAUCAGAUCCCCAAAUGGGCACGUUUAGGCUAUACUUCUAUGCAUAAUCAGGUGCACAUCCUUACUCAACAUUGACAGUAGCGCUCCAAACAAAAGACAAUAACUAAAUUGACAAAACUCGUAAAUGGAAUGAAAUAAACCAAAACUUGUUUCUCACAAGUGUAGCAGGUUGUGUGUUCUGCAAACAACGUGUCCACGCUGACAAUAAGAACGGUAAAAGACUGGAAUAAUAAUAUAUUGAAUGCAUGAACAGAAAUUAACAUAACCAAACAAACAUUGUAGAUUAGAAAUUAUAGGAAUUAACGGUAAAUGUAGGCUACUUCUGGUGAUAUAUGUAUUUGAAAUUGAUAGACACUAACAAUCAAGGCAAACAAUUCACACAGUGAAGUUAUGAAACAAUGAAUGUGGACAAAUUGGCGAGAGAGAGCACAUUCUUCUUGGACUGUUUUUAUUUUUAUUUAUUUCACCUUUAUUUAACCAGGUAAGCCAGUUGAGAACAGGUUCUCAUUUACAACUGCGACCGCAGUGUCUCAACCUCCGCAAUGGAUUAGUCUCAACCUCUGCAAUGGAUUAGUUCACUGACAUGGGCGCGAAUCAGACAGGUGUCCCGUGUGCCAUAAAAAAAAAAAAAAAGAUAUAUUUGCUACUGCUCGACUAAACAAUAUAUUGGUCGACCAACAGCCUAUCGACCAGUCGACAAAUUGGGGUCAGCCCUAGUAGACAGUGUCUCUUUCUCUUGCGCUCUCUUUCUCUCUCGCUCUCUUUCCUCCCAUAUUUCUACCCAUUGUAUCCUGAUGUACAGGUAACGGCCAAAAUAAAGGAAACACCAACAUAAAGUGUCUUAAUAGGACGUUGGGCCAACACGAGACGCCUGAACCGCUUCAAUGCACUUUCGCAUAGAUUCUACAAGUGUCUGGAACUCUAUUGGAGGGAUGUGGCACCAUUCUUCCACAAGAAAUUCCAUAAUUUGGUGUUUUGUUGAUAAUGGUGGAAAACACUGUCUCAGGCGUCGCUCCAGAAUCUCCCAUAAGUCUUCAAUUAGGUUGAGAUCUGGUGACUGAGACACACACACACACACACAUACACACACAAUUUAAACCCCCUAUGCUCCUUUGAGACCCCUCUUUCAAAGUCACUGAGAGCUCUUCUUCUAACCAUGGUAGCCAAAAUAAUUGGCAACUGGGCAUUUUUAUACAUGACCCUAAGUAUGAUGCAAGGUUAAUUGCUUAAUUAUCUCAGGAACCACACCUUUGUGGAAGCACCUGCCUUCAAUAUAUUUUGUAUCCCUCAUUUACUCAAGUGUGUCCUUUAUUUUGGCGGUUAACGGUAUGUACUGCAUAGGUUUUACUGUCCCCUCUGACUGUGCUCUCUCCUGCCCAUUGUAGGCCAGACUCCCCUGCGCGAGGCCUACUCUAUGUCCUGCAUCGCCAACGGCAGCUCCAGCAGCCGCAAGCCCAGCCACAGAGACCGAGACAGCUCCACAGUUUCCGUCACCAGGAAGGAUACCUUCUCCUCAGCAGCCAAGAGGUACUGUACUACACAUACACAGUAACAUACGAUACACACACACAUACCAUUCAAAAACAGUCAUUGCACAACUCUAGACCUGCUCGUAUCAGAUGGGGAGCCAUUGAUGCAGAGUCUGUAUUGACGUGUUUUGCUUCGAAACGCCACAUUAAUCUCUCCCAGAAAAUAAACUUGAUUUGUCAAUCUGUUGAAUGUUGAUCACGUGUUUAACUUUCUCCCUUGCAGCUUGCAGUGAUUCAGCAGAAUAAAGCCUAUACAGUACACUUCCCUGGUUAUUUCUGGACAAUGAUGUUGUGAUGGGGUACCUGUUACAGCAUGUAGCUAAGCCUAUGGCUAAGCAUUGCUGAGCACUUCCUCAAUGAGUAACUCGAUAUUAAUCAAAUAUACUGGCUCAGCUAUUCACUGCCUAUGGAGGAAGUUGGGGCCUUGCAGGUCUCUCAGUAGUGAAGGCUGCGGGUAGAAGUUGCCCGUAUAGGAACAGAUCUAGGAUCAGCUUACCAUCAGCGGUGUCCUGGUGUACCCCUUUGUCUUGUUAUUUGCCAUUCUUUGUCCUCAUAGAUAUGUUCCAUCUGUUUGUGUCCCCUUGUACCCAUGGUUCCACUCGUUUGGUUAUCCUCUGGUUGACCCCUGGUUGUCUCCACAGCGGUCAGACAGCGGAGAGGAAAAAGGACAAGCCUCAGAUGGAGGGCAUCAAGGAGAAGGAGGAGGGGCCCUCCCAGCCCAACCAGGCUAACGAUAAACCCUCCCCUGCCAGCCCCGUACAGCCCGCUCCGUCCCCCUCCAUCUCCAGCCAUCCCCCCUCCCCUCACCCCCCUCAGUCCCAAAGGCAGGCCCCGGAGAGCAAGGGCACCUCCCCAGCCAAAAGGUUCCUAAGAUGCCCAUUUUGUUUGUCGAUGCCCCCCCUUACCAAUGCAAUGCCCUGCCGACACUGAAUGCUCAUGACUUUAGCUUACCUUUGACUGGGGGCAGGGUUGGCAUGCUUCUUAGAUCACUUACAUUUGAACCCUUUAUGGUUAUUAACCUCUUCUCUCCUUCUCUUUCUCUAUCUCUCACCUGUACUUUCAGUUGUCUUUCCCUGUACGGACUCAGCCACUGCAGACCUUAGUUUCUCGAACUGCGUAACUUCUCUUUUAGACUAGUUGUAGCCCUGCUUGUAGCAAAGCCCUUUCAUUCAGAGAUGAGAGGACAAUAGAGGAGAAUGGUUUGCAGAUUUCCCUUCUGCCCUCAUCUGCAACAGUGUGAGCCCUCUCACCAUUAGGAAUAGGAGAGGCCCUAUCUGUCAUAUACCAGCUGUGCUUCGUACCAUUCAGGAUAUAUACACACACACAUGCACACACCAGCCCUAGACACGGGAAACUGUUGAGAGUGAAAAACCCAGCAGCGGGGGCCUCCCAAGUGGCGCAGUGGUCUAAUGCACUGCAUCACAGUGCUUGAGGCGACACUACAGCCCCAGGUUCGAUCCCAUGCUGUGUCACAGCCGGCCGUGACCGGGAGACCCAUGAGACGGCGCACAAUUGGCCCAGCGUCAUCCGGGUUAGGGGAGGGUUUGGCCAUCUGGGAUUUCCUUGUCCCAUCGCGCUCUAGCGACUCCUGGCGGGCCGGGAGCCUACAAGCUGACUCGGUCACCAGUUGGCCGGUGUUUCCUCCGACACAUUGGUGCGGCUGGCAUCCGGGUUAAGCGAGCAGUAUGUCAAGAAAAGUAGUGCGGCUUGGCAGGGUCGUGUUUCGGAGGAUGCAUGGCUUUCGACCUUGCCUUUUCCGAGUCCGUAGGGGAGUUGCAGCGAUGGGACAAGACUGUAACUACCAAUUGGAUAUCACGAAAUUGGGGAGAAAAAAACUGUAAAAGUAAUACAAAAAUAAAUAAAAAACAGCAGCGUUGCAGAUCUUCACACACUCAAACUGGUGUGUCUGGCUCCUACUACCCCGGUAGUCUUGCCCAUUCACCCUCUGAGUGGCACACAUACACAACCCAUGUCUCAAGGCUUAAACAUAUUUCUUUAACCUGUCUCCUCCCCUUCAUCUAAACUGAUUGAAGUGGAUUUAAUAAGUGACAUCAAUAAUGGAUCAUAGCUUUCACCUGGAUUCACCUAGUCAGUCUGUGUCAUGGAAAGAGCAGGUGUUCUUAAUGUUUUGUACACUCUGCUGUAGAGCAAUGAUACUGUACCAGUACUGCGUGCGUGCGUAUAGUAGGGUUAUGGAUCAAUUCUGUUCAGCCUAGGUUGUUAUUUUCCUGCCAAAUUCCAUGCAGGCAGUUAGAAUAAGCAGAGGUUGUCUGGAUAUAUUUCCCUUCCUGUCCCUGUCUCUCCCUCUACAUACAAUAGAUAAGGAGAGAGUACAGACUCUGUAAAUGUAGAAGUGUAACACAUGGUUGAACCACCUCCCCUCCCCCAACAUUCAGCCCCAGUCCUAUCUGCCCCUCAGUGUCACUAUGGCCCCCUGGAGGUAGAACAGACACCAUGCAGAAGUGAUCCAAAAACGUUACGUCUCGCAAUUAACCCCUUCCUCCUCACAGCUUCGCAUGAGGAGUGGUAUUCUUCACGCUCCCGCUCUCUUUCUUUCACAAUCCCUUCUCUCUCUCGCUGCUCUCUCUCUCUCUCUCUGCUCUAGCCAUUCUCCAAACCUUCCAUUCUUCACUGUUACUCAACCUCCUCAUCUUUGACUUUACUUGCAGUGUGGUUCUUAUAGCCAACUCUCUGGCCUCCUCUGUCUCCUGAAGCCUGGGGCUUGACUUGUUUAGCCAGCCCAUGUGUACUAACCUGUGACUGGGGUGGGCUUUCCCCUGUGUGCCUGGCUACAGCAGCAUGCAUGGAUUCUAACAAAUCUCCAUUAUCACCAUGGCACUCCAUACUCCUGCUUUCUUUCUGUCUUUCUCUCUUCCCCUCGCUAUCUGUCUCUAAAAGGAACUGUUUAUUUUUUGUGUGCACCCUGUACGUCCAUCUGUGUGUAGGGGUCACAGUGCAAAGCGGGGCACGGGGUUGGAGCGUUCACAGAGCAGUACGUGGGAGAGUGGCGAGGAGAGCAGGAACAAGCUGGUGAAGGCUGCCUCCACCUCUAAACUGCUGGCCAAGGUGGUGAAGAACGCAGACAAGUGAGUGGCUGAUGGGACACGUUUUACAAAUCUGAUAUAAACAUAUGUGUGAAAGUGUAAUGCAAAUACAGUGAUGCAUAAGAACUGAAUUCCGGUCUAUGUUUUGUACUGAGAGGUGAGACUGGCCUGCAUUUGUUUAUGGGGUGUACAUUAGCCUGAGAGUACCUUUCAGAUAUUACACUAUCAUCCAAGAAUCACUAUGACAACCCCUUAAUUCCCUAUAUUGUGUUCAUCCAAAGUCCCUCCCUAAUAUAGGAUGCUGUUAAAUUGGCCCAGCUGUCAGAUAAACUUCACUUGUUUUGUAGUCUCAAGUCACAGUCUGACGUUAUUGUUAUUUCUCCAUUCUCUUCCAGGCAUAAAGACCCAGUGAUCAGCCAAGGUGAAUAUACUCUUUUUUCUAAGUACGUCAUCCACCACCACGUAAUGGAAGCACUGUAGCUAUGUACUAUAGUAUACCCACACAAUUGGCAUAUCUGUUUACAACCAGAGCAUUUAUUUAUUAAGAUGUACAAUAUGAUACAAUGUAACCUAAAGUGUGCUCUCAUUGGGCUAAUGAAAACGCUGUACUGUACUGUGUAAGUUUGAGAGUACCUUUAGGUAAGAGAAGAGCUGUAUUUCAAAGCCUAGCUUCUUGUGGUUCCUUCAAAAUAUAGUCCUUCAUCCUAUUGUGUAGACCCAACUAGUCAUUGUUGAUGUCUUCAGAUCAUUCUAGCUCUUCUCCCCUGUGUACUAUCAUUGUGUGUGUGUGUGUGUGUGUGUGUGUGUGUGUGACAUUGUUUCUGUCUCAUGACCAGCCAAAAUGUCAACCCGCGAGAAAAACAGCCAAGCAGGUAAGUUGUCACCAGAUAGCGAGGAGAGCUACCAGCCUUGGGAGGAGUGCUUGCCCACCCUCUCUGCUUUUUGGCUUUAUCUAUCUAUCUAUCCAUCUAUCCAUCUAUCCAUCUAUCCAUCUAUCCAUCCAUCUAUCUAUCUAUCUAUCUAUCUAUCUAUCUAUCUAUCUAUCUAUCUAUCUAUCUAUCUAUCUAUCUAUCUAUCUAUCUAUCUAUCUAUCUAUCUAUCUAUCUAUCUAUCUAUCUAUCUAUCUAUCUAUCUAUCUAUCUAUCUAUCUAUCUAUCUAUCUAUCUAUCUAUCUAUCUAUCUAUCUAUCUAUCUAUCUAUCUAUCUAUCUCUGACACUCCCUUUAUCAUGUCAAACAUAGACAGGAUCUCUUGUUUCCCCCUGCACUCUCUCUCUCUCCUAUUUAUCUCUCGGUCUCUCUAUCACUCCCUCAAAUACAGAUCUCUCAAUCUACCCCUCCCUCUAUACUUUCUCACCUUCCUCCAUGUAAUUCCCCUCAGCCGAUUCCCAGCCUAAAUAAAGGGCAUAGCUGUGCCAGUAUGCCAUACUCCGCCCUGGCCCCUUGCCACUUAGCGGAGUGUCAUCUGGGAUGUCAUAACUAGAUAGGUCCUGGGAUGAAUUCUUGCCCUUCGUCUGGGUGAAAGCGUUCCACUCUUGGCUCAGUCAGGUCACCCCUGGUUAUGUGAGGAAUUUGGUUGGUCCUGAGACUGCUGGCCAGGGUGCUCAAUUAGCUCCACAGACAGACAGACAGAGACUUUGGAAUGGAAUUCAGCUAAUUCAACUAAUUCAGUACAUUCUAGGUAGUCAUAACUAGAUAGGUCCUGGGAUGAAUUGUGGCCCUUCAGUUUGAGUCUACUGUAUGCUCCCCCUUAAUCUGGGAAAACUGGAAGAAAGCCCUCGCUCUAUUUUAUGAGCAAUGGUGAAAUGUGGUCCCCAUCCAACCAUCUCCCUCUUGUCCUCUCACUAGGACAGUAUAAACACUCCACUGAUCCCAGUCUACCACAAAUCUACCUCCCCCUCUUCUUGCUCUCUAUUCCCCCUCUUCUUUUCUACUUUUCUUUCCACCUACCACGGUUUCUUAUUUCAGCUGAGUUUGGGGUUGCUGACUCACUGCUUUGCACCACUGCACGGCACCCAACGCUUCUCUCGGUCUGUCUGUCUGUAUAUCUGUCUCUAUGUCUGACUGUCUAUGCAGUAUCUCAUCUCUGGAUGAGUGGAAAGCAUGUGCAGCACACUAACUGAACUCAUGAGGCUUUUCAAGGCUUUUGUAGGUUUUUCUGUAAAAAAGUGUUCUCACUCGAAGUGAUUAUGUGUGCCGGUGGUGAGCAGUCAGGCUGCUGAAAUUCUUCUGUUAAUGGACGAAAGUCAUGUCAUGCGCUCUCACUCACGCUCUCAGACUCAUGCCUCUAUAUGAACCUUUAUUAAACAAGACGUAUUUGUCUGACCACAGUCAUUUUUAUGCAUUACCUCUGCUCAGGCCUAGGUUCCAAUACUUCUGUGAGUGUUUGCUCUAGCCUGCCUGAAUACUCUAGCCUGCCUGAAUACUCUAGCCUGUCUGAAUACUUUCAAAUAGUAUUUGAUCCCAGGUCUGCCCCUACUUAUACCUGUGCUAAUACUGUAUGUUGAAUGUGUUUGCAAAAGCAUGAGUUUAGUAUCACCAGAAUUCUUCUGUAUAUAGAAAGUCAAAAUGGCGAUCGUGAUAUAGCUAGCUAAACAACUUUAUUUUGUUUGUCUCCUCCACAGAGGGAGACUACAUCAAGAUGUUCAUGCGAGGUCGUCCCAUCACCAUGUUCAUCCCCGCGGAUGUGGAGAACUAUGAUGACGUGCGCACAGAGCUGCCUCCAGAGAAACUCAAACUUGAGUGGGUGUAUCCUUUCUUCGUAGCAGGGCCUGGUCCCAAACGCUCUGUUACUCUGUGUGUCCCUGACCUUGGUCUCUCUGUUGUCUGUCUCUGGGCUCAAAAGAUGUGCGGUAUAAGAUAAGUCAAAGCAAAAUGGUGGAGGCCUUAUAGGUAUUCACUUUCACCUGUCCAGUUGUUUUCACGUUGCAGAUGAAGGAAAGGAGACUAGUAGAAUGAGCCAAUUUAUACUGUUAAGAUGCACCCUUUGAGGUCUCUUGUGUUUCUCUCUAUGGGUUCCCCCCCAUGUGUUCUGUGUUGUUGUUCCUUGAGUCCCUAUGUCAGGUAUGGCUACAGGGGGAGAGACUGCAGAGCCAACGUGUACCUGCUCCCUACAGGGGAGAGUGUAUACUUCAUAGCCUCCGUGGUAGUGCUCUUCAACUAUGAGGAGAGAACACAGCGCCACUACCUUGGCCACACCGAUUGUGUCAAAUGGUGAGCUGGUAUCUUGUUCUACAUUAUGUUUUUUGUCAGCCUGGGAGUAUUGGUCAGCCUUGGUUGGUUAGUAUCAGGUAAUGAAUUCAUACAGUAGCUUACACACCAUCAUGGGCUGUGUAUUCUGGAUACAGUAGAUAAGAUACACUAGAUUCAGAAGAUACAACAGUAUGUUCCCAGGGUCUGAAUGAUGUACAAACACUUCAUACAAAACCUUUAUUGCGGAUUAAGCAAAGAGUUGUCACAGACACAAUGGUUCUUACACUAACCGCUGUGUAGCUUACACGUUCAGCUUAACUGUCUCCAGGUCCCAUCCUCCCAGGGGCCUCUUAAGAUAAACAGACUAUGUAAAUGAGAUAUAAAUGUCUUCUGUCCGGGUGGUAGAGAAGUAGGAGAGUCAAAUUAGUCUGUGAUAGCAGAACCCUGACUCAGACCUUUGUUUGAAACGAAACGCCUCACUUCCUCCCAUCAGACAGGCAAACAGGCCAGCUCAGUCAAGCAGCUCCCUCUCAACUUACUUCAUUUUACACCUGACAUACUCCUCGUAUUAUGACAGAUUGUUGCUGACUGUAGGUUUUUUCAAUAGGGAGGUAGUUUCCCAAACUUGAAUUUUUGUAUUGGUUUGACAUUCAUCUAUUCAUGUUUUGUCUCUCAUUCUAUCUGUAUGAUUUUCUCUAUUUCUCUCUCUAAUAUCUUCUCUGUCUCUCUCGCUCUUUCUCUCUCUCUCUGUUUAUCUUGCUAGCCUUGCUGUUCACCCCGAUAAGAUCCGCAUUGCCACGGGACAGAUUGCAGGAGUGGAUAAGGAUGGGCGGGUGAGUCACACUCCCACCUCCUCACCCAUUCCUAACCCCCUCACUUUCAACCCCCCACCUUCUGCUAGCUAAAUCCUUUAAUGGUAUGUUCGGAUGUGUGACAUUUCGUUAUUCAUGUACAUUUCAUGUUUGUUCAACCAGAUUAAGGAGCACAUAUGCUGUUUUCUUCCCUAUCAUUCACACACACACACACACACACACACACACACACACACACACACACACACACACACACACACACACACACACACACACACACAUGGGCAAGUCACAGGGCUGAAAUGUCACCUAUGUAACGCCAUGGGUUUUUCCAAGUGAGUUAUGAAGUCUUAUUCCAGCCCACCGAAUACAGAGAGACACCUGUGGUUAUGUUUAGCAGCAUAAUCCUUGUUUGCACUAUGUCUCUUCUUGUGUACAGUAUAGUAUUUCUGCUUGCGUUGCACAAUCAGGCUCACUCAUGUCUUUGUCAGGCAGACCCAGACAAAAGGUGCUCCAUAUUUACUCAAGCAUACCAGUAAUCAGUGCGCUCAUGCAACUCAUUAUAUUUAAGCUCUCUGUUGUCUAUACAUGCCAAACUGGCACUAACCUUCCUGGAACGACUCUGUAGAAGAGUAUCCUACCUGUCAGUCAGCCUGAUCCUGCACAAACUCACUCACUGACUACCUGUUAAAGGCUUUCUCAAGUCUUUAAAAUGGCUUCCUUUCCUUACCUCCUUCCCCCUUUCCUUCAUGACCACUGAUCUUAGAGGAUAUGAUAGAUGAAAAGCAAUUGGGUGGAAAUCAGUCCAGUCCUUUUAUCUACAAAAAUGAUGUGUGUUUUUUCCUCUCCUCAUCUACCAGUGAUUAUGAAGGGAAGGAAACAGGGAAAAGAUGCUGUAAAAAAAAGUAUACUGUAAAUGCAGCCAGAGUGUCUGAUGAGUUUGGCAACAGUGAUAGCUUGUUAAAUCAUGUGUAUGUCUCCUCUUCUCCCUCUAGCCGCUGCAGCCCCACGUGAGGGUGUGGGACUCGGUGAGCCUGUCCACCCUGCAGGUCAUCGGCCUGGGCACCUUUGAGAGAGGAGUGGGCUCCCUGGCCUUCUCCAAAGCGGUGGGUACCCCUAGCACCUCCAAUGGUAUAAUCCAGGACGUGUUAGUCAUUAUGAGAAUUGUGGGUACUGGUGUAGUACAUUAAAUGAAACCCCAUUCUGACUGGGAAGGGUAUAUCACACACAUCCGAUAGAUCACACACUCACAUCACAGCCAGUGGAUCUAGAUUAGAGGUUCUACUCAGUUCUGGAGUUCUAGGUGCUGUGUGUUUCUGGACUGAGCCCUUUCGUAAUCAGGCUAGUGGGUCAGACUGGUGUUAUUGUGGUGUUGAAUACCUCAUAGGCUCUCUAAUCAGUAGUAGUUUACAGUUCCUAUUCUCUCUCUGUCCUCAGUUAGCACAUUCCAGAACACAGCUUUUACUGUCUGGCUCCCUUCACACGCAAACACAAACACACCGUGACCCAUUUCCAUACAAACAAACACAAUUAAUCUCCCACACAAACAUGCAUUCUAAGUGAUUCAUUAUCCCCUUAUGUUAUCAAAGGUCUAACUAAGCAGUGGAUUUGCCCUAUCAAAUAAUAGGAAAGCUUGAAUGAAGGUUAUUAUCAUCUUCUGCUGUUGCUGAUAUCAUUAUGCCAAAUCUACUCAAUGGCUAACUACUUAGAAGAGUAUUGUUUAGUCCUGCUUGCUUUAUGGCCAUUUUGCAACAUGUGGAUUCAUGUUUAGACUUCCAUGCCCUCUCACCAACAUACAGCGUGUAGCUGUGAAUAAACUGGAAUUAUAUUAUUAUUAUGUUAUUCCAUAUUUAGUGAAUUGCAGAAAAUAGGAUAUGUGUUUCAUGCAAGCUUUACUGACAAGACUUUCCCCUGUGUUUCUCCUACAGGACUCAGGUACACACCUGGCAGUGAUUGAUGAUUGUAACGACCACAUGUUGACUGUCUGGGACUGGCAGAAGAAAUCCAAAAUCGCUGAAAUCAAGGUCAGAGAUACCUGGGGUGUUUUGUACUGUGUAAUUCUGCCUAAAAUACGUAAAAGCAUUUGAUGAUUUGGUUAUGAAAUACAUUUUAUUGUUAACUGUAUAUGAUCUUUGUUUUACCUCCUCUAGUCUACAAAUGAGGUGGUGCUUGCGGUGGAGUUCCACCCUACUGAUGCCAACACCAUAGUAACCUGUGGCAAGUCACACAUCUUCUUUUGGACCUGGGCUGGCACCUCGCUGGCACGCAAGCAGGGCAUCUUCGGGGUGAGGACCUUUUCACUUGUUCAGUACUUAAAAACGUGUAAAGUACUUAAAAAGAUCUGCUUGAGCCAAACUGAUCUGUCGCUCUGUAAACAUGCCUGGGCGAGAAUAAAUAAUAAUAGCAAGCAAGCAUAUGGGCUUAGCCAACAACAUAACGACAAAGACGUUGUCAGCAAUGGAAUAUUGACGGACAGACAAAGUAGGCUACUACAAUGCCACAAAAUCAACGAUAUGGCCUCAGCAACGUCGACAGAAAAUAUAACUAACUAGAUCAAUAGCUAGAACAACAAUGACUAGCUAAUUACGGAUUCUGAUUCACACAACAUGUUUGUAGAGAGAAGGGGAGUUGUGCCAUGAGAUGAGUGAAAAUGGAGCCGUGUGGGAGGGAGGGGGAGGGAGCCGGGCUUGUUAUAAUCCAAUCGUGGCAGCAGGUUUAACCUACACCCUGCCGGUUUCUUUACAGACAGCCGAACUAGCCAAUUUAUUUAUUUAGAGUGCACAGCGCUUCACACUGUGACAGAGAGAUGCGUGCUGGGAGAGAAGGGUGUAACUGCAGCCCGCAACUCAGGGCGUCCUGCGUGUGGGUAUUCCUGCAUCUGCAGGAACCCCUCUUUAUACUUCUAUUGGUCAAUUUUUAAGCUAUGACUCCAGUACAUAGGCAGGAGGCAGGGGUGCUCCAGUACAGUAGAUGGUGGUAAUGCACUAUAACAUUGAAUGCCAACCGCCGAUAAACCCUACAGAAGAAGAAGAGGCUAGGACACACUGGUAGGCUGGAGGCGGGGGUGACACCAUGUGUUAGCUAGCACUGGUGUCACCCCCGCCUCCAGCCUGCUGUGUCCGCCUGCCGAGUCCUCCUUAGACUAGCUGGCUAAACAGUGCAGGAAUGACCACAUGCAGGAGUGCUCAGAAUUGCGGGCUGCAGUUGCACACUAUUGUGCUGGGAGCUGGAAAUUACUUUUUUCAGAUCACGGAUAAUUACCAAAAAAUUGUAUCAUAAUCAUAUUCGGAAAAUUCUCCAUAUUCGUUACGAUACUUGUUUUGUCAGAGUACUCGGCACACCCCUAUGUGUCACCAAAAGUGCCUUAAAUAAUAAUGUGAUGUUAGAAUAUUAUGUAUCCCUUUCAUAGUAUACCUUUACCCAUACAUUUUUCUCUAGUCUGCCUGAACACGUAGACGACAAUUAUUACAAAGACAUUUCAUUCUCAGUCUCUCCCUAUCCUGUUUCAGAAAUACGAGAAGCCCAAGUUUGUUCAGUGUCUGGCCUUCCUCAACAACGGGGACAUCUUGACUGGAGACUCUGGAGGCAUCAUAUUGAUAUGGAGCAGGAGCACAGUGGAGCCGGCCCCAGGGAAAGGACCCAAAGGUACACUAUACACAUUGUACACCUUCCACUGUACUUUAAACCUCACAAACAGUCCCUACACCCACCUGUAUAGUGCUACAGUACUGAUGGCACAGUUGGUUGGAGCAUGGUUCUUGAAACACCAGGAUUGUGGGUUUGAUUCCCUCAUAAGCCAUGUAUAGCCUACUGAAUAUUUGUUUUAAACUUACCGGUAGUCACUUUGGUAAAACCGUCUGACCAUAUCAUACAUACCCACAUGAGUAAUACAAAUAGUUAACUUUCCCAGUGAGUCUCAGACACAGACGAGAGCAACUGAAAGAGGUGGUUUGAGACCGAAGAAAAGAAAACAGCCUUGAAGGAGAGACACAGAAGAAAAAUAAAAGUGUGGGAGAGAGAAGGAGAGUGGGUGUGAGUGUUGGCAGGCCCCAGUGCCUGGGGGACGGAGGGUGUUGGGGUUUGAGCAGUAAUGGUUUUGGUUGGCAUGCAGUGGAACUGGAUGAGCUAGGGCCAGGCGCCAUGGAUAAAUUGUUAAUCUCUCUUUAUUUACCUGCUCUGCUUCGAUCUGCUCUGCUCUACUAGCUCUACUGGGGUGGGCUAGGAUGGCCCACGGCGCCACCCGGUGGUUAGAUGGUGGGAAUGCAUGUGUGUCACAGGAACUUGGUGGCACCUUAAUUGGGAGAGAACAGGCUCGUGGUAAUGGAGCGGAAUAGGUGGAAUGGUAUCAAAUACAUCCAUGUGUUUGAUGCCAUUCCAUUUGCUCCGUUCCGGCCAUUACUAUGAGCCGUUCUCCUGUGAUGUGUGUGUGUGUGUGUGUGUACAGUUUGUGUGUGUGUGCACAUGCUUGAGCGUGCGUGUGUGAAUGCUUGUGUCUUCUUGAGUGCGUGUGUGGGUCUGUCUGAGCUCUGCAGGGAUGAAGGUCAUGCCAAUGUGGGGAGCAGAAGCGAUACAAUAUUACCCCCAUUAAGAAUUCCACUGCCUCAGGUUUAGUCUAACUAGCCUUGAGGAAUGGGCCUGCCGUGCUGUGUAUCUGUGUGUUAUCAGCAGAGACAUGUAGUAUUAUAACAGGAGGAGUGAUAAUCAGAAUGUGGAGAAUGCAGACACAUCAACCCUAGACACACGCACAGACGCUCACACUCAUUCAAACAUGCCUUCCACAGCUAUCUUCUUAACCACACACACACAGACUCACACAGACACACAUAUACUCUCACUCACUUCCCCCUUCAAAUGCUCCCCUGAGAAAACAACAAGAGCUGGCCUGUAGCGUGGCAUAUAAACCACAUUAGCGAAUGUCAAGUAUUUGUGGUAUCCUAUUCCCAGAAAUCUCUGCUGUGAGCUGUUUUACAGCCUCUCAUUCCUCUCCCUCCUCUUUCCUUCUGGCCAAUUUUCCUUCCUUCUCUCACUCUCUCUCAUUCUCUCUCUCUCUCUCUCUCUCUCUCUCUCUCUCUCUCUCUCUCUCUCUCUCUCUCUCUCUCUCUCUCUCUCUCUCUCUCUCUCUCUCUCUCUCUCUCUCUCUCUCUCUUUCCCCUCCCCCCUGUAGGUGCGUACCAGAUCAGUCGUCAGAUCAAGGCCCAUGACGGCAGUGUGUUCACUCUGUGUCAGAUGAGGAAUGGGACCCUGCUGACCGGAGGGGGCAAGGACCACAAGAUCAUCCUGUGGGACCACGACCUCAACCAAGAGAGGGACAUAGAGGUGCAGUCACAGCCAUACAGAAUACAACGCAGACACGUCUACACCAAUGCACCAUGGUUUAUGCACAAACAUAUAAAUAUACAUGUUCAAUAUGAUGAUAAACCUAUCAUCUGUUUGGGAGGUAUUUUUCUGUACAACUCAAUGUAUCUGUUCCACUGCAGGUCCCUGAUCAAUAUGGAACCAUUCGUGCUGUGGCUGAGGGCAAGGGCGAGCAGCUUUUGGUGGGCACUUCACGUAACUUCAUCCUGAGAGGGACGUUUAAUGACGGCUUCCAGGUGGAAGUGCAGGUGAGAGAAGUUUAUAUUUCUCUCUCCUUUGUCUGUCUCUCUCUCUCUCUCUCUCUCUCUCUCUCUCUCUCUCUCUCUCUCUCUCUCUCUCUCUCUCUCUCUCCCCUCUCUCUCUCUCUCCCUCUCUCUCGCACUGCUGAAUAGCUGACUGCCAGCACUACAUAUCCAGGCUGUGAGAGCUAAAGCCAUCUGAGGACUGCAGGGCCCUGCUAUGGAAGCUCUGUUGUAGGGAUGCCAGUGUCAGCCUCCUCACUAGCUGCUUUCCCAAUCGUUUCUUCUCUGUGAGGGAGAGCAGAGCGAUCGAGACGCUGCUAUUUUCCAGAGAGCUGCGUUGUAAAACUUGGCAUUCAUUUUCCAGUGAUUUGAACUCUGUAUAAACAGGCUGGCAGAGGUACUUAUCCCCGCUUUUAAGGGCGCCCAACUGAGCCCACCCCCUUCUCCCCUCGUCUGCCCCUCUUUGAGGCACAAUACACCCGUGUGAAGGAGGUCAUCAGAGCUUUUGGUGGUGUGUUUCCAAUGGCUUAGUUGGUUGGAACAUGGUACUUGCAUAGCAAAACCAGAGUUGUGGAUUUUGAUUCUCACAUACAGUAACAUGGGCAACAUACAGAAUAGACAGAAUAUGUGUUAACUACUCGGCAAGUCAUGUUAACUACUCAGUAUGUAGUCACUUUGGACAAAAUGACUACAUAUCCACAUCACAUCAGCAUUAUUUUCUAACCUCUGACCUAUCACCCCAGGGUCACACAGACGAGCUGUGGGGGCUGGCCUCUCACCCCUUCAAGGACCUGUUCCUCACCUGUGCCCAGGACAGGCAGGUGUGCCUGUGGAACUCUGUGGACCACUGCCUGGAAUGGACCAGGCUGCUGGAUGUAAGAACUAAUAACUCCCUUUCGGAACUAUUCUAUACUGCAGAUUAAGAAUACAUGCUCAUUCACUGCCCUUUUAGAUUUUAUUCACAGACGUAAUUGAAAUGUUGAUGCAAGUUUUCCAUUGAGAUCAAGGCAUGCAAACACAUCUCAAGUUAGGAUUCAGGCCUUACACAAAAUACUUGUAUGUUUGAAUUGCAUCUCUCCCUUCCCUCUUGCUGUUUAUUUCUCUCAGGAGCAUGGCCACUGUGCAGACUUCCACCCCAGUGGUGCUGUUGUGGCCAUCGGUACUCACUCAGGAAAGUAAGUUCAGCUUAACCCUAUCUCUAACUCUGAAGCGCAGCAGUGGCUAUUAAUCCCAUCUCUUAUCGCUUACGCCUGUAUGGGAAUAGUCCAUUCUUAUAAAUCCUCUGUGAUGUUCUCUUCCCUCCCCCUGUGUCCCAGGUGGUACGCUCUGGAUGCAGAGACCAGAGACCUGGUGGCCAUUCAUACAGACGGCAACGAGCAGCUGUCAGUCAUGCGCUUCUCUGUAGGUGGGUGAAGCUGGUCUUACAUCCUAUCCUAACCGUAGACUUGGAUUUGAUGGAAGAAUUGUUAAACCAAUACACGGUUAGGGAGGAUAAUAAAACAUGGUGGAUAAUUUACCCACAAUCCUGUUCCAUCCCUCCCCAGAUGGCACCCUGCUGGCAGUGGGAUCACAUGACAACUUCAUUUACCUCUACACUGUGUCGGAGAAAGGCCGCAAGUACACCAGAUACGGGAAGUGCAUUGUGAGUACAUCAUCAUUUGUUUGUGUGUGUUUGGAGUGAUUAGUGUGUGUGGGGCCCUAGGGAGUUCUGUCUCCCUGCAGCUGGAGAGAUGGAUAGGAUCAGUGCUUUCACAGUAUGGUAAUCACAGGAGAAGCAACAGGUCAGAGUCAGAGAGAGUCAGAAAGAGUCAGAGAGAGAGAGAGAGUCAAGAGUCCGGAUGGGGAUUGUUAUGUAACUGCCAAAAUAAUGGAAACACUUGAGUAAAUGAGGGAUACAAAGUAUAUUGAAAACAGGUGCUUCCACACAGGUGUGGUUCCUGAGUUAAUUAAGCAAUUAACAUCCCAUCAUGCUUAGGGUCAUGCCAUUAUUUUAGCUACCACGGCAAUGCCCCCAUAGGAUGACAAUCCCCCCCCCCCAUCCACAGGGCACGAGUGUUCACUGAGUGGUUUGUUGAGCAUGAAAACGAUGUAAACCAUAUGCCAUGACCGUCUCUGUCACCAGAUCUCAACCCAAUUAAACACUUAUGGGAGAUUCUGUAGUGGCGCCUGAGACACAAAUCAACAAAACACAAAAUGAUAGAAUUUCUCAUGGAAGAAUGGUGUCUCAUCCCUCCAAUAGAGUUCCAGACAGUUGUAGAAUGUAUGCCAAGGUGCAUUGACGCUUUUCUGGCUCGUAUUGGCCCAACACCCUAUUAAGACGCUUUAUGUUGGUGUUUCCUUUAUUUUGGCAGUUACCUGUAGAUAUGUACAGUGAGGGGAAAAAAGUAUUUGAUUCCCUGCUGGUUUUGUACAUUUGCCCACUGACAAAGAAAUGAUCAGUCUAUAAUUUUAAUGGUAGGUUUAUUUGAACAGUGAGAGACAGAAUAACAACAAAAAGAUCCUGCGAGAGGCAGCUGGGACCAUAGUCACCAAGAAAACAAUUGGUAACACACUACGCCGUGAAUGACUGAAAUCCUGCAGAGCCCGCAAGGUCCCCCUGCUCAAGAAAGCACAUAUACAGGCCCAUCUGAAGUUUGCCAAUGAACAUCUGAAUGAUUCAGAGGAGAACUGGGUGAAAGUGUUGUGGUCAGAUGGGACCAAAAUCGAGCUCUUUGGCAUCAACUCAACUCACCGUGUUUGGAGGAGGAGAAAUGCUGCCUAUGACCCCAAGAACACCAUCCCCACCAUCAAACAUGGAGGUGGAAACAUUAUGCUUUGGGGGUGUUUUUCUGCUAAGGGGCCAGGACAACUUCACCGCAUCAAAGGGACGAUGGACGGGGCCAUGUACCGUCAAAUCUUGGGUGAGAACCUCCUUCCCUCAGCCAGGGCAUUGAAAAUGGGUCAUGGAUGGGUAUUCCAGCAUGACAAUGACCCAAAACACACGGCCAAGGCAACAAAGGAGUGGCUCAAGAAGGAGCACAUUAAGGUCCUGGAGUGGCCUAGCCAGUCUCCAGACCUUAAUCCCAUAGAAAAUCUGUGGAGGGAGCUGAAGGUUUGAGUUGCCAAACGCCAGGCUCGAAACCUUAAUGACUUGGAGAAGAUCUGCAAAGAGGAGUGGGACAAAAUCCCUCCUGAGAUGUGUGCAAACCUGGUGGCCAACUACAAGAAAUGUCUGACCUCUGUGAUUGCCAAAAAGGGUUUUGCCACCAAGUACUAAGUCAUGUUUUGCAGAGGGUUCAAAUACUUAUUUCCCUCAUUAAAAUGCAAAUCAAUUUAUAGCAUUUUUGACAUGCGUUUUUCUGGAUUUUUUUGUUGUUAUUCUGUCUCUCACUGUUCAAAUAAACCUACCAUUAAAAUUAUAGACUGAUCAUUUCUUUGUCAGUGGGCAAACGUACAAAAUCAGCAGGGGAUCAAAUACUUUUUUCCCUUACUGUAUAGUGAUGGAUAUAAAUCCAGCAGGGUAGAGGUGAAGGUAUACAGAGCAUGACCAGUACACUAGGUUGUGGUCUGGACCCCACAGGGCCAGUGUGAAUCACUCCACUGUUUUAAACCUUCUCUGGCCUCCGCUUGGCUGCUGCUCAGUCUGCGGUCUCUCUCUCUUUCUCUUUCUCUUUUAUAUCCCGUUCUUACUCUCUCACUCUAUAUGUAUGUCGCUCUGUUUCGCACUCAUCGGUCCUGCCUCUCUCUCUCUCUUUCUCCCUUGUUUCACUCUUCUCCCUCUUGUUCAUGUAGUCUCUCUUUUCAUCGCACCCGUUGUCUUUUUUCUCUCUCUCUCUUCCCUCCAUCCCUGUGGGUUCAUGGUCAUCUGUGUGAUGGAUGCCAAUGGUCAGGACCAUACUGCUCAGGUUGUGGUCACGGUCAUUGCUUCUGCUGCUUGACCACUAGGGUCUUGGUCCAAGGUUAACCCCCCAGGCAACCUACCGUACAUAGCCUUGCAGCCACAGCAGUGCUUUGUGUUGGGUAGUUUAAUACCUGAUCACAGACUAGGUGCAUUGCAGUCACGUUUUAGAUUGCUGAAAAAUAAGCUUGGGAUUGCAUGAGAGAGUAUUAAAGCAAUGUUCUCAUUUGACGUGUUGGUAAUGUUAAAAGACCCAGUGCUCCAGAGGGAAGAAAGACAUUGUGGGAAGGUUGGUUUGAGGUUUUAUAGGCGUUGGCAGACGACUGGGCCCCUGUCUGUGAGCACAGCUCCACUGCAAAGCAGCGAGACACACUGAGUGUACAAAACAUUAAGAACACCUUCCUAAUAUUUUUGCCUUCAAAACAGCCUCAAUUCAUCGGGCAUGGACUCUACAAGGUGUCAAAAACGUUCCACAAGGAUACUGUUUACUCCAAUGCUUCUCACAGUUGUGUCAAGUUGGCUGGAUGCCCUUUGGGUGGUGGACCAUUCUUGAUACACACGGCAAAUUGUUGAGCGUGAAAAACCCUAAUAAAAAACAUGAGCUGCCACACACCCAGAGAAAAUUAUUUAGUGUAGAGGUGCUGAAUAAUGGUGAAUAAAACUGUAAGCUAUAAAAACAAAGAGAGUCGCACACUCCAUAUGUAUAUCCUCCCAGUAAUUUUUUGGCUAAAAAAACACCAACGUUGUGACAUCACUGUGCCUUCUUCAGGGGCGUGAAAAACUCAGCAGCGUUGCAGUUCUUGACACAAACCGGUGCGCCUGGUACCUACUACCAUACCCCGUUCAAAGGCACUUAAAUAUUUUGCCUUGCCCAUUCACCCUCUGAAUGGCACACAUACACAUUUACAUUUACAUUUUACAUUACAUUUACGUCAUUUAGCAGACGCUCUUAUCCAGAGCGACUUACAAAUUGGUGCAUUCACCCUAUAGCCAGUGGGAUAACCACUUUACAAUAUUUUUUUUCUUUUUUUAUAUAAUUUAUUUAUUUAUUUAUUUUUCGUAUUUAUUUAUUUUUAGGGGGGGGGGGGGGGGGGGGGUAGAAGGAUUACUUUAUCCUAUCCCAGGUAUUCCUUAAAGAGGUGGGGUUUCAAAUGUCUCCGGAAGGUGGUGAGUGACUCCGCUGUCCUGGCGUCGUGAGGGAGCUUGUUCCACCAUUGGGGUGCCAGAGCAGCGAACAGUUUUGACUGGGCUGAGCGGGAACUAUGCUUCCGCAGAGGAAGGGGAGCCAGCAGGCCAGAGGUGGAUGAACGCAAUGCCCUCGUUUGGGUGUAGGGACUGAUCAGAGCCUGAAGGUACGGAGGUGCCGUUCCCCUCACAGCUCCAUAGGCAAGCACCAUGGUCUUGUAACAGAUGCGAGCUUCAACUGGAAGCCAGUGGGGUGUGCGGAGGAGCGGGGUGACGUGAGAGAACUUGGGAAGGUUGAACACCAGACGGGCAGCGGCAUUCUGGAUGAGUUGUAGGGGUUUAAUGGCACAGGCAGGGAGCCCAGCCAACAGCGAGUUGCAGUAAUCCAGACGGGAGAUGACAAGUGCCUGGAUUAGGACCUGUGCCGCUUCCUGUGUAAGGCAGGGUCGUACUCUCCGAAUGUUGUAGAGCAUGAACCUGCAGGAUCGGGUCACCGCCUUGAUGUUAGCGGAGAACGACAGGGUGUUGUCCAGGGUCACGCCAAGGCUCUUCGCACUCUGGGAGGAGGACACAACGGAGUUGUCAACCGUGAUGGCGAGAUCAUGGAACGGGCAGUCCUUCCCCGGGAGGAAGAGCAGCUCCGUCUUGCCAAGGUUCAGCUUGAGGUGGUGAUCCGUCAUCCAUACUGAUAUGUCUGCCAGACAUGCAGAGAUGCGAUUCGCCACCUGGUUAUCAGAAGGGGGAAAGGAGAAGAUUAGUUGUGUAUCGUCAGCGUAGCAAUGAUAGGAGAGGCCAUGUGAGGAUAUGACAGAGACAAGUGACUUGGUGUAUAGCGAGAAUAGGAGAGGGCCUAGAACUGAGCCCUGGGGGACACCAGUGGUGAGAGCACGUGGUGCGGAGACAGCUUCUCGCCACGCCACUUGGUAGGAGCGACCGGUCAGGUAGGACGCAAUCCAAGAGUGAGCCGCGCCGGAGAUGCCCAGCUCGGAGAAGGUGGAGAGGAGGAUCUGAUGGUUCACAGUAUCAAAGGCAGCAGACAGGUCUAGAAGGACAAGAGCAGAGGAGAGAGAGUUAGCUUUAGCAGUGCGGAGAGCCUCCGUGACACAGAGAAGAGCAGUCUCAGUUGAAUGACCAGUCCUGAAACCUGACUGGUUUGGGUCAAGAAGGUCAUUCUGAGAGAGAUAGCAAGAGAGUUGGCUAAAGACGGCACGCUCAAUAGUUUUGGAAAGAAAAGAAAGAAGGGAUACUGGUCUGUAGUUGUUGACAUCAGAGGGAUCAAGUGUUGGUUUUUUGAGAAGGGGUGCAACUCUCGCUCUCUUGAAGACGGAAGGGACAUAGCCAGCGGUCAAGGAUGAGUUGAUCAGCGAGGUGAGGUAGGGGAGAAGGUCACCGGAGAUGGUCUGGAGAAGAGAGGAGGGGAUGGGGUCAAGCGGGCACGUUGUUGGGCGGCCUGCAGUCACAAGUCGCGAGAUUUUAUCUGGAGAGAGAGGGGAGAAAGAAGUCAAAGCAUAGGGUAGGGCAGUGUGAGCAGGACCAGCAGUGUCAUUAGACUUAACAAACGAGGAUCGGAUGUCGUCAACCUUCUUUUCAAAGUGGUUGACGAAGUCAUCCACAGAGAGGGAGGAGGAUUCAGCAGAGAGGAGAAUGUGGCAAAGAGCUUCCUAGGGUUAGAGGCAGAUGCUUGGAAUUUAGAGUGGUAGAAAGUGGCCUUAGCAGCAGAAACAGAUGAAGAGAAUGUAGAGAGGAGGGAGUGAAAAGAUGCCAGGUCCGCAGGGAGUCUAGUUUUCUUCCAUUUCCGCUCAGCUGCCCGGAGCUCUGUUCUGUGAGCUCGCAAUGAGUCAUCAAGCCACGGAGCUGGAGGGGAGGACCGAGCCGGCCGGGAGGAUAGGGGACACAGAGAGUCAAAGGAUGCAGAAAGGGAGGAGAGGAGGGUUGAGGAGGCAGAAUCAGGAGAUUGGAGGGAGAAGGAUUGAGCAGAGGGAAGAGAUGAUAGGAUGGAAGAGGAGAGAGUAGUGGGAGAGAGAUUGACGGUUGCGGUGGUGCAUUACCAUCUGUGUAGGGGCAGAGUGAGUAGUGUUGGAGGAGAGCGAGAGAGAAAAGGAUACAAAGUAGUGGUCGGAGACAUGGAGGGGAGUUGCAGUGAGAUUAGUAGAAGAGCAGCAUCUAGUAAAGAUGAGGUCAAGCGUAUUGCCUGCCUUGUGAGUAGGGGGGGACGGUGAGAGGGUGAGGUCAAAAGAGGAGAGGAGUGGAAAGAAGGAGGCAGAGAGAAAUGAGUCAAAUGUAGACGUAGGGAGGUUGAAAUCCCCCAAAACUGUGAGGGGUGAGCCAUCCUCAGGAAAGGAACUUAUCAAGGCGUCAAGCUCAUUGAUGAACUCUCCAAGGGAACCUGGAGGGUGAUAGAUGACAAGGAUAUUAAGCUUAAAUGGGCUAGUGACUGUGACAGCAUGGAAUUCAAAUGAGGAGAUAGACAGAUGGGUUAGGGGAAAAAUUGAGAAUGUCCACUUGGGAGAGAUGAGGAUUCCUGUGCCACCACCCCUCUGACCAGAUGCUCUCGGGGUAUGCGAGAACACAUGGUCAGACGAGGAGAGAGCAGUAGGAGUAGCAGUGUUUUCAGUGGUAAUCCAUGUUUCCGUCAGCGCCAGGAAGUCGAGGGACUGGAGGGUAGCAUAGGCUGGGAUGAAGUCAGCCUUGUUGGCAGCAGAACGGCAGUUCCAGAGGCUGCCUGAGACCUGGAACUCCAGGUGUGUGGUGCGUGCAGGGACCACCAGGUUAGAGAGGCAGCAGCCACGCGGUGUGAGGCGUUUGUGUAGCCUGUGCGGAGAGGAGAGAACAGGGAUAGGCAGAGGCAUAGUUGACAGGCUGUAGCAAAUGGCUACAAUAAUGCAGAGGAGAUCGGAAUGAAAUGAACUAAACAUCUGGGAAAGGAGAGAGCAGGGCCUCCCUCACCACAACUCCCAAAUAUAACUCUCCCAACUUCCACCUCAGAAACUAUGAUUGUUUCACUGAAACACCCGAAUAAAACUCUCCCAACUUCCACUUUAGAAAUUAGAAUAGUUGCAAACUACAGCGGUUCAAUGUUUCAAGGAGUAGACUCAACUUACUUUAUUCAGCUAGCUAACUAUGACGCCAUAGCUAACUAGCAUGCUAGCAUCCAAUAACACACGGUUUAGCACCAAUACUUGGUUACAACAAACUACCAAUAGUGUGUUAACACACUAAACAGAUAAUUCGUGUCCGUGUCUAGUUCCUUUCAUAACGCAGCAAUAAUUAAACGUUGGCUAGCUAGCACAAAGAUAUAGUACUGCUAGCUGGUAGUGUUGGCUAGCUAGCAAUGGCUGCUGUGUUGACUUUGUUUGAAAAACGGCGUCGCUGCGAACGAAUGUAGCUGGCUAAAAUUAAAUUGUAUUUAGUUGCUAUAGUACUGCUAGCUGGUAGCGUUGGCUAGCUAGCAAUGGCUGCGGUGAUGACUUUGUUUGAAAAACGGCGUCGCUGCGAACGAAUGUAGCUGGCUAAAAGGAUAUUGUAUUUAGUUACUACAGUACUGCUAGCUAGUAGCUGGUAGUGUUGGCUAGCUAGCAAUGGCUGCGGUGUUGACUUUGUUUGAAAAACGGCGUCACUGCGAACGAAUGUAGCUGGCUAGCUAACCUCGAUAGUUACUCUAUACUACACCUUUAUCUUUGAUACAAAUACAACUAUGUAGCUAGCCAACAUUACACUAAUCAAAUCGUUCCAUUGUAAUGUGUCAUAUUACCUGCGGAGCGAAGUACAGCAUGACUACUCACCUGUCUCAAGGCUUAAAAAUCUUUAUUUAAUCUGUCUCCCCGCUUUCAUCUACACUGAUUUGAAGUGGAUUUAACAAGUGACAUCAAUAAGGGAUCAAAGCUUUCACCUGGAUUCACAUGGUCAGUCCUAAUGUUUUGUACACUCAGUGUAUAACUAUGUUAUUUAUUGGAAUUUUUAGGGACACACAAAUAUGGAUGUCCUGUUGUUCAUAGAAAGAACUACAGGGUUGUGCGUAUAAAUAGGGAAAUGUAUAAACAGAGAAAUACAUCAACUUUGUGUGUGUGCGCGUUUGUGCGUGCGUGUGUUUCAUUCAGUAUGGGAUUCAGAUUUGUAUGUGUUUGCGUGAGAAAGUGAGGUCAGCAGCUGCGGAGUGUCUAGCUUGGCAGGAUGUCAAUGACAUUCCUGUGUGUAAAAGUUUGUGUGUUUGCAUGUAUGUGUAUGAUUGCAUGUGUGUAUGGGUCUUUGUGUUGGAGGGAAGCCUGCAGACUUGAAGGAAAUCAAACAGUGCCAAGAUAGGCAAACAGAGAUUCCCUCCCUGACCCUGAGUGAGGGGGAGGACAGACAGACAUGCACACACACACACACACACACACACACACACACACACACACACACACACACACACACACACACACACACACACACACACACACACAGUGUCUCCUCCUAUGGGCUGAGGUGGAAGGUGGAGUUCGCUCCCUAGAUAGUGAACUUUUAUAAAGGCAAAAAUCUCACAUGAAAUUAUGUGCAAAACUAAGUUAGCUGUACUAUACAUGCUGUACAUGUCCCUAGCUCCAUUAAAAGACCAUUAACUACGGCCUCCCGAGUGGCGCAGUGGUCUAAGGCACUGCAUCACAGUGCUUGAGGUGUCACUACAGACCUGGGUUCGAUCCCAAGCUGUGUCACAACGGGCCGUGACCGGGAGUCCCUUAGGGCGGCGCACAAUUGGCUCAGCGUUGUCCGGUUAGGGGAAGGUUUGGCCGGGGGGGCUUUACUUGGCUUAUCGUGCUCUAGCGACUCCUUGUGGCGGGCCAGGCGCCUGCAGGCUGACUUCGGUCGUUGAACAGUGUUUCCUCCGACACAUUGGUGCGGCUGGCUUCCGGGUUAAGCGGGCGGGUGUUAAGAAGUGUGGUUAAGCGUGUCAUGUUUCUGAGGACGCAUGACUCGACCUUCGCCUCUCCCGAGCUUGUUGGGGAGUUGCAGCGAUGAGACAAGGUCGUAAUUGGAUCACAAUUGGAUAUUACGAAAUUGGGGGGAAAAUACCCCCCCCCCAAAAAAAAUAAUAAUAAAAAAAUAAUAUAUAUAUAUAUAUAUAUAUAUACCAUUAACUGUUUCAGCUCUCUAAAUCAUUUACCAAGCCUUCUCAUUCUAUGUGGUUAACAGGGACAUUCCAGCUACAUCACACAUCUUGACUGGUCCCCUGACAACAAGUUCAUCAUGUCCAACUCAGGAGACUACGAGAUCCUCUACUGUGAGUAAACACACCUACGAAUGAUUGUCAUGCUUAAGUGAGACUACAGCAACAGCUUAAUUGAUUUAACCUCAUGCUAUGUUACUGAUCCAUGAAGCAAUAUUUAGCAAUCAGAGUAUGUUUUUAUUAACUUUUUUAAGUAAUUGUGCUAAACCAACUUACAGUAUAGCUCAUGAAAGUCAUACCUUUUGCAUUACACUUCUAUUGUGAAGUAUCCCCUUAAGCUAUGCCCUGACUUGGUUCUAUCCUCUUUGCAGGGGACAUUCCAAACGGCUGCAAGUACAUCCGUAACCGCUCUGAGUGCAAGGACAUUGACUGGGCCACCUACACCUGUGUGCUGGGUUACCAUGUCUUCGGUGAGUACCUGGGUUAUAUAUAGGGAUAUGGUGGGAUUGGUUUUGCUUUUCCUGUUGGCGUGAUUCAUCCUAAAACACUUUGGCACUGUUCUUGGCUGUGCUAUGCUGGAUCUGUUUGUGUGUUUCUGUGCGUUUUAUUUUUACUGAUGUGGGUGUAUAAACUUCUAUGGGUGUGUGGCUGCAAUUUAUGUUUCUAUGAGUCCUAUUACUAAACAGAGAGUGUGGUUUGGGAGUUUGCACAUCAGCAACUUAUCACACGCACUCUUACAGACGUUCUGCCUUUUGCCCCUUGUUUUUCUCCCCUCCUUCGUUCAUCCUCUCUCUCUCUUUCUCUACUCGCUUUCUUAUUCAGUUUUUUAGAUGUCAUACACAAGUUUGUAACAGUGAAAGGAAAUCAAGAGCUCUAAUUUGAAUAACAGCAAUUUAAUGUCCUUCCAUUCCAACUCUCCGCUACCAGAAUUGUCCCUGCUGUGCUUUCACUACUGGUUUUGUCCCACUGCAGUAUGUUGUGUUAUGUGGUAUCUCUCUCUCUUUCUCUAUUCUCAAUAUCUGUCUCUCAAUCUUUCUUUAUUUCUCUCUCCCUCUUUAUUUUUUUGUCUCUCUGUCCAUCUCUUUCUUUCUCUGUGUCUCUUUCUCUCUCUCUCUCUCUCUCUUUUUCACUAAGCCCCCCCCCCACUCCACAUCAGCCCCCCACUCCACAUAUUUCAGCUCUUUAUGAAAAUAGUUAACUCUUGACUUUUAGAGUUCUCAGCCAGUAGAUUGUCUGAGGCUGCAACCAGGGGCGUAAUGAUCAGACCCAAAAAUGUAAGUAGGCAACAAGCCUUUUUGUAAUCUGAUAGCCAGGGGUUAAUUGAAUUGGGAAUUGAGAGGUGGGGAGCCCUCCUUUUUGCUGACCAUUCGAAGCCAAAAGCUGUUUUAUUGCUAUUAAAAUAUAGGUUGUGAUAGCUGAAGGCCUAAUCGUUAUUUUCAUUCAUUCGACCAGUAGGCUAGUGCAAUUUUGGUUUUAAGUAGGCCUAUUGGUAUGAAAAUAUUUAGAGCAUUUUCCCCAAAAUACAUGUCCUGUUCAUGGCUUCAAAGCCAAUAACAAUUGUAGGCAAUAACAAAUGUCCAUUGUAAUGCAGUGAGAGAAUGAUAAUUGAGAUAAUGCAAAUAAUGAAUGAUUACUUUGUUGGGCAAACUUUUUUUAGCUUCUUGCUGUAGGCCUACUUCAUCAAUCUCUGCCUGCAUCCCUAAUCCCUACCCGUAGACUACCUGCCUCUGCUAUAAUAUUCUAACAGAUCAAUCUUGCCAAACAUCAUAAAAUAUUGCUAAGUUAUUUAGCUAUAGUGUGGAUGAAGGGCUGUUUUUUUAUAUAAUGAGCAACCAGAUAGUGCAACUGCUACGUAGGCAACACAAUAAUCAGACCGAGACAAGCUGGCUCAGGGAAGAAUUUGCGCAAGCUGCCUUGUAGUUGGUUACUAUGUUGCAAUAUCUAUAUUCUCGGAGCCGCGUUGUUGAUACAAAAUGUUUCAAUAGUCUACGAGCCGCCUCAUUCGUUGAUGCAAUGUUUCAAUAUUCUCAGAGCCACCUUGUUGAUAUAAUGCUUCAAUAUUUGCAGAAUUUUUCCCUUCCCUGGCGAAUAAUGCAGACAGGCAAAUGCAAAAAUUAGCUGGGCUCACACAUUAUGAGGAACAUCUCUGAAUGCAUCGCAACGAGACAAUGACACUGUCAUAAUACACUGUAUGCGCCAUUCCACUAGGGUGGCUUCAUAUAGCCUAUAGUAGGGGGUCGGGAACCUUUUUCAUGUGGAGUGACGAUUUACAAUUGAUCCAGUGGAGGCUCCUCAGAGGAGGAAGGGGAAGACCAUCCUACUCAAUGAAUUUCAUAAAAAUAGUGAAACAUUACAAAAGUUUUCCUUUUUAGAUAAAACUAUACUAGAUAUAUUCACAUCACCAAAUAAUUGAUUAAAACAUACUGUUUUGCAAUGAAGGUCUACAGUUGCCUCAGCAGCACUCUGUAGGGAAGCACCAUGGUCUAGCCGGAGGACAGCUAGUUUCCGUCCUCCUCUGGGCACAUUGACUUCAAUACAAAUCCUAUGAGGCUUGUGGUUCUCACCCCCUUUCAUAGACUUACACAAUAAUUAUGACAACUUCCGGAGGACGUCCUCCAACCUAUCAGAGCUCUUGCAGGAUUAACUGACAUGUUGUUCACCCAAUCAAAGGAUCAGACAAUGAAUCUAGCACUGAAAACAUAAGCUACAGCUAGCUAGAACUGUAGUGAAUAGAAUGUGGUGAGUAGUUGACUCAAAGAGAGAAAUACAAUAGUUGAACAGUUUUGAACAAAUUAAUUUCUUCAAAAAUGAAAGAGAAGAGGGAGAGAGAGCUAGCUAUAUAUUAACUUUAACUUAAAGAUGCACUAUGUAGAAAUCACUCCGCCAUUGCCUUCUUGCUAAAAUUCUAAUAGUUCGCUUAAUUUCAGUUUGUGACAGAACAAGCCAGUAGAGAAUCAUUGUACCAUCUAAACCGCUGUGAAAUAUAUUUUCCAUAACCAAAAAUAUUGUAUUUUCAGCUGUUUGAAGAUGGUGUACAAAACCGAAAGUAAAAGAUGCAAAAACAAAACAUAAGAACGGGAAGCAUAGAAAUAGCGCAGAUAGAAUAGAUUUACCUCUUCUUAGACUUGCACACAUUAUAUCAUAUAUUUAUAUGUGAAUUUGGUCGGAUCACCCAAAAAGUUGCAUAUUGCAGCUAGCUAGCGAAUGCAGCUAGCAAGUUUAGCCUACUCAAACACCCGGCUCAAACAGAGAGGGAUGCUAUGUUAGCUAGCUGGCUAUGGCUAUCCAACACGAGAACUCUUCCAAGUCAAGGUAAGCUUUUGGUUUUAUUAAUUUAUUGCCACCGGGGCCUGCCGGUGUAACUUCUAAACUGCUUGCUGUACACUGUAUUGCAUGAUUGUAGUGGGUUUACUAACGCAUUAGUUCUAGUAGCUAUGUUGACUAUGAUGUUAGCUAAUAUGGUGACAACAAUGUAGGCCGUGUGUAGCGGUUAUGAUUUGAAGGUUUGGCUUGGAAAAGUUUUUAUACAACGAGCAAAGAGAUCAUGCUGUUUGAAUGUGGUUGUCUUUGGGGGUGAUCGGGGUGUAUUUAUUCUGCUGAUUCUGUUAAGACGUUUCUUAAAUGGAUGCAAACAGAACGAAGCGUGGAUAAACAUACCUGGAUUUGUCCAAUAGAAACUCGUUGGCAACUGUUUGGACUAAUGAUUACACCCUAGAUCAGCUAGAUGCAGGCAAGAUUGUGCAAGGCGGUAUUGAAUGUGUCACUGUCUGUCAGCUUGAUUACUCACAUUUUUCUCUCGACCUUUGCACCUACAUUGUAAACUUGAAUUCGUAGGCUAGGUUGUAGCAACCUCGUGAUGGGUAUAGGGAAAAGUCGAGUAACAUAUAGUAGCUUAAACCUAUCGAUGUUACAUUGAGCUGGGUGAAUGGAAUAUGAAUGACAGUCAUACAAUAUGCUGUAAUAGAAAUAAGGCCAUGCUCAUGAAAAAAGAAAUUGUCCUCCCCAGUCUUAAAUGGCACCGACCGCCACUGAAUUGAUCCUACCAUUUCUAAAGGUCUGCGUGCCAGUUAUGAGCUUCAUAUAAGCAUUGUAGGCUUCCUAACUGUACCCCAAAAAUGUCUAACUGCCCACAAACAGAAUAAUUAUAGCUGGCUACUAGACAGAGGCGCUAUCCAUUCAGCACCAUGCCACGGAGCUCCACUAUGCCUACCUGUACCGAGGCGCUGUCCAUUCUUUGGUCAAGUUUUUUUGUCUUCAUGCUUCCUUGUCGAUUGUAAUUCUAAGUAAGUCCUUUGAUGUAUGCCUUUUAUUUCAAUGCAUGUGUAGGCUUUAUCUGGCAUAGUUUGCAUUGGUGGUCAGCAGUUAUGUGCUCCGGUUACUUUUACAUUGAUGUUGGCAUUUGAAGUCGGCCUCGUUGUGACCUGAUAGCGUGUAUUAUGCGUAUUUUUCAUGUUGCACUGUAUGGGCAGUUCCACAAGUAAAUUAGUCAAUUUAUGAUGAUAAAUAAAAUAAAAUAAAUGAUGAUGUUGAGUAGUGGUUGACAUUGUAUAUGCCGUCCCACAGACUUUAAAACCGAAUAUUGCUGUGAUAAUUAAUGUCUAGGGCAUUUUUGUUAUUUUGUUCUCCAAAUAGCAUUUUAGAGUUUUUAGUAAAUUAGCUUAAUUUACAAAAAUAAUAGGGGGUUGGUGGUUGGGGUAUUUCUACUCACCCCACUUUUUUUUGUUUAAAAAUAAUCUUUAUUGAAGUUUUUCCCAUUUUAUAAAUAAUUGACAUAAAUACAAAUCAACUUUCACAUCAAUACAUUUGAGUUUAUAAUUACAUAAGAAAUAUUUACAGAUUUAAUAGUGUACAUGGAUUUUUGUUUGUUUGUCCAUAUCAUUUCUUUUUAGUUCUGUUUUGAUUUGUAAAACAAAUAAUAACAAAAUGGUGUUUGAAUAAAAAGGUUGUUUUCUAGUCUUAUAGGCAUCUUGCUAUCCACAUUUGACUGUUCACAAUACAGUGCAUAAUGUCCACAAUAUUUAUUUGCUAAUUUAGAUGCAUAUUAUUGUCCUCCAUACCAUGUGUAUAUUGAAGACCCCUUUGAAAGACAGACUUGGGAUUUAUACAUAGGCAUACAGUGCCUUCAGAAAGUAUUCACACCCCUUGACUUUCUCCACAUUUAGUUGUGUUACAGCCUGAAUUUAAAAUGCAUUAAAUUGAGAUUUUUUUGGUCACUGGCCUACACACAAUACCCCAUAAUGUAAAAGUGGAUUUACGUUUUUAGAUUUAAAAAAUAACAAAUAAUAUUAAAUAAAAAGCUGAAAUGUCUUGAGUCAAUAAGUAUUCAACCCCUUUGUAAUGGCAAGCCUAAAUAAGUUCAGUAAUAAAUAUUUGCAUGGACUCAUAAGUUGCAUGGACUAUAAUAAUAGUGUUUAGCAUGACUUUUGAAUUACUACCUCAUCUCUGUACCCCACACAUACACUACAUGACCAAAAUGUGGACACCUGCUGGUCAAACAUCUCAUUCCAAAAUCAUUGGCAUUAAUAAGGAGUUGGUUCCCCCUUUGCUGCUAUAACAGCCUGCACUCAUCUGGGAAAGCUUUCUACUAGAUGUUGGAACAUUGUUGCGGGGACUUGCUUCCAUUCAGCCACAAAAGCAUUAGUGAGGUCGGGCACUGAUGUUGUGCGAUUGGGCCUGGCUCGCAGUCGGCGUUCCAAUUCAUCCCAAAGGUGUUUGAUGGGGUUCCACACCGAUCUCGACAAACCAUUUCUGUAUGGAUCUCACUUUGUGCACAGGGGCAUUCCAUGCUGAAACAGGAAAUGGCCUUCCCAAAACUGUUGCCACAAAGUUGGAAGCACAGAAUCGUCUAAGAUGUCAUUGUAUGCUGUAGCGUUAAGAUUUCCCUUCACUGGAACUAGCCCGAACCAUGUAAAACAGCCCCAGAACAUUAUUGCUCCUCCACCAAACUUUACAGUUGGCACUAUGCAUUGGGGCAGGUAGCGUUCUCCUGGCAUCCACCAAACCCAGAUUCUUCCUACGGCCUGCCAGAUGGUGAAGCGUGAUUGAUCACUCCAGAGAACACGUUUCCACUGCUCAAGAGUCCAAUGGCGGAGAACUUUACACCACUCAAGCCGACGCUUGGCAUUGCGCAUGGUGAUCUUAGGCUUUAACCCAUUUCAUGAAGCUCAUGACUAAUAGUUAUUGUGCUGACGUUGUUUCCAGAAGCAGUUUGGAACUCGGUAGUGAGUGUUGCAACUGAGGACAGACGAUUUUUACGCACUAUGCGCUUCAGCACUCGCCGGUCUCGUUCUGUGAGCUUGUGUGGCCAACCACUUCGCGACUGAGCAGUUCUUGCUCCUAGACGUUUCCACUUCACAAUAACAGCACUUACAGUUGACCGUGGCUGCUCUAGCAGGGCAGAAAUUUGACGAACUGACUACUUGGAAAGGUGGCAUCCUAUAACGGUGCCACGUUGAAAGUCACUGAGCUCUUCAGUAAGGCCAUUCUACUGCCAAUGUUUGUCUAAUGAGAUUUCAUGGCUGUGUGCUCGAUUGUAUACACCUGUCAGCAAUGGAAGUGGCUGAAAUAGCAGAAUCCACUAAUUUGAAGGGGUGUCCACAUACUUUUGUAUAUAUAGUGUACAAUUAUCUGUAAGGUCCUUCAGUUGAGCAGUGAAUUUGAAACACAGAUUCAACCACAAAGACCAGGGAGUUUUUCCAAUGCCCCACAAAGAAGGGUACCUAUUGGUAGAUGGGUAAAAAUUUUAUAAAGCAGACAUUGAAUAUCCCUUUGAGCAUGGUGAAGUUAUUAAUUACACUUUGGAUGGUGUAUCAAUACACCCAGUCACUGCAAAGAUACAGGCGUCCUUCCUUACUCAGUUGCCGGAGAAGAAGGAAUCUGCUCAGUGAUUUCACCAUGAGGCCAAUGGUGACUAUAAAACAGUUAUGGAGAUUAAUGACUGUGCUAACCUAAUUUACAGAGUGAAAAGAAAGAAGCCUGUACAAAAUAAAACAUAUUCCAAAACAUGCAUCCUGUUUGCAAUAAGGCACUAAAGUAAAACUGCAAAAAAUGUGGCAAAUAAAUAAACUUUAUGUCCUGAAUACCAAGCGUUAAGUUUGGGGCAAAUCCAACACAUCACUGAGUACCACUCUUCAUAUUUUAAAGCAGGUGGUGGCUGCAUAUGGGUAUGCUUGUCAUCUGCAAGAACUAGGGAGUUUUUUAGGAUAAAAAGAAACGGAAUAGAGCUAAGCACAGAUAAAAUCCUAGAGGAAAACCUAGUUUAGUCUGCUUUCCAACAGACACUGGGAGAAAAUGCACAUUUCAGCAGGACAAUAACCAAACCUAAAACACAAGGCCAAAUAUACACUGGAGUUGCUUACCAAGAUGACAUUGAAUGUCCCUGAGUGGCCUACUUACAGUUUUGACUUAAAUCGGCUUGAAAAUCUAUGGCAAGGCUGUUUAGCAAUGUUCAACAAGCAGCUUGACAGUGCUUGAAGAAUUCUUUAAAGAAUAUUGCCAAAAAUGUUCAAUCCAGGUGUGCAAAGCUCAUAGAGACUUACAGUGCUUUGCAAAAGUAUUCAUCCUCCUUGGCGUUUUUCCUAUUUUGUUGCGUUACACCCUGUAAUUUAAAUUGAUUUUUAUUUGGAUUUCAUACACAAAAUAGUCCAAAUUGGGUGAAGUGAAAUUCAAAAAAUUACUUGUUUCCAAAGAAAUGUAUAACGGAAAAGUAGUGCAUGCAUAUGUAUUCACCCCCUUUGCUAUGAAGCCCCUAAAUAAGAUCUGGUGCAACCAAUUACCUUCAGAAGUCACAUAAUUAGUUAGAUUGCACACAGGUGGACUUUAUUUAAGUGUCACAUGAUCUCAGUAUAUAUACACCUGUUCUGAAAAGCCCCAGAGUCUGCAACCUCACUAAGCAAGGGGCACCACCAAGCAAGCGGCACAAUGAAGACCAAGGAGCUCACCAAACAGGUCAGGGACAAAGUUGUGGAGAAGUACAAAUCAGAAAUAAUAUCAGAAACUUUGAACAUCCCACAGAGCACCGUUAAAUCCAUUAUAAAAAAAUUGAAAGAAUAUGGCAGCACAACAAACCUGCCAAGAGAGGGCCGCCCACCAAAACUCACGGAGAGGCAAAGAGGGCAUUAAUCAGAGAGGCAACAAAGAGACCAAAGAUAACCCUGAAGGAGCUGCAAAGCUCCACAGCGGAGAUUGGAGUAUCUGUCCAUAGGACCACUUUAAGCCGUACACUCCACAGAGCUGGGCUUCACGGCAGAGUGGCAAGAAAAAAGCCAUUGUUUAAUGAAAAAAAUAAGCAAACACAUUUGGUGUUCGCCAAAAGGCAUGUGGGAGAGUCCCCAAACAUAUGGAAGAAGGUACUCUGGUCAGAUGAGACUUAAAUGUAGCUUUUUGGCCAUCAAGGAAAACGCUAUGUCUGGCGCAAACCCAACACCUCUCAUCACCCCGAGAACACCAUCCCCACAGUGAAACAUAGUGGUGGCAGCAUCAUGCUGUGGGGAUGUUUUUCAUUGGCAGGGACUUGGAAACUGGUCAGAAUUGAAGGAAUGAUGAAUGGCGCUAAAUAUAGGGAAAUUCUUGAGGGAAACCUGUUUCAGUCUUCCAGAGAUUUGAGACUGGGACGGAGGUCCACCUUCCAGCAGGACAAUGGCCCUAAGCAUACUGCUAAAGCAACACUCGAGUGGUUUAAGGGGAAACAUUUACAUGUCUUGGAAUGGCCUAGUCAAAGCCCAGACCUCUAUCCAAUUGAGAAUCUGUGUUAUGACUUAAAGAUUGCUGUACACCAGCGGAACCCAUCCAACUUGAAGGAGCUGGAGCAGGUUUGCCUUGUAGAAUGGGCAAAAAUCUCAGUGGCUAGAUGUGCCAAGCUUAUAGAGACAUUCCCCAAGAGACUUGCAGCUGUAAUUGCUGCAAAAGGUGGCUCUACAAAGUAUUGACUUUGGGGGGUGAAUAGUUAUGCACACUCAAGUCUUCAGUUUUUUUGUCUUAUUUCUUGUUUAUUUCACAAUAAAAAAUAUUUUGCAUCUUCAAAGUAGUAUAAAUCAAAUGAUACAAACCCCCCCAAAAUAAGGCAACAAAAUAGGAAAAAAUGGGGGGGUGAAUACUUUCGCAAGCCACUGUACCCAGAAAGACUCACAGCUGUAAUCGCUGUCAAAGGCCAUUCUAAAAUGUAUUGACUCAGGGGGUUGAAUACUUCUCUAAUCAAGAUAUAUUAGUGUUUUAUUUAUUUACAAAUGUUCACAUUUUUCUUCCAAUUUGACAUUACAAAGUAUUUUGUGUAGAUCGUUGACAAAAAAAUGACAAUUACAUCCACUUUAAUCCUACUUUCUAACACAACAAAAUGUGGAAAAAGUAAAGGGGUGUGAAUACUUUCUGAAGACACUACAUCAAACCCGAUAUUUCUCAUAAAAUACCAUAUUUCUUUAGUUCUGUAGUAUUUCACUAAAAGGUGUUCAAAAUUCUCUUCAUCGUGACAAUUAGGCAUUGGACACAAUUUACUUUUGACAAAACAAAUCCACUUUACUACACUCUUUCUGACAGUUGUGCACAUAGUGGAUUUUUUAAUACAGUGUUUCGUUUCAGCAUGGGUCAGGUUCACCACCAUAUAAUUAAUCAAUGUCACUUUAUAAAAAGUUUUGUUCAAGAGACUGUUCCAGUUAAUAUUUAAAUGUCUGAAAUUGUCUGAGAUACCUGAUCAUUAGGUUCUGUCACCGUAUUUAAAUCCCCACAUAUAAUUACUGAAUAUCUCACACAUAAAUAUCCCUUUAGUUUAAUAAAUAAUAGCCUUUUCUUACUUGCAACAGAUGCUGAGUAUACUGUACAUGUAUCACUUAUUUCUGUCCAAUAAUAAUUAAUUGAUGUCUGCAAAGUCUGUUAUUUAAGCUCUUUUAGAUUAUUUGCCUACUUUCAUCUUUCUGCCUACUUUCUUUUUAUCUUGGUUUUGGAUUGGUAAGUGUGAACAGCGUUUCACUCCACCUGCUUUGUGUAUUUCUACACACCCCACUUUGCCAUACCUUAGGUUUAGCUGAACUGACGCCACUGGCUGUAACUGAUAGGACACCUGAGAAUAGAGUAUUCAUAUGUGUGUGAAGUGAUCACUUCUGUAUGUGCAUGUGCACAUGUUUUUGUACACACCCGUGAGAGAGGGAAAGUAAGAUAGGGAGAGUGUAUUGUGAAUGUUAGUGUGCAUGGAGAGGUGAAUGAAGUAUGUGAUGUCUCUCUUAUAGUGUUGGUCUGCCCUCUGGUGGUAUGCUUUUCACAUGGCUUCAUGUACAUGCACAUGUGGAUAGCACACAAAGGUUCACUGCUUUGACUCCAUAUUUUAUCUGUGAUAGUGGGGCAAGAAAACCAAUGUAUAUGUGUGUGUGUGUGUGUGUCUUCCAGGAGUGUGGCCUGAGGGCUCCGAUGGCACAGACAUCAACGCCCUGAUCAGAUCCCACAACAGGAAGGUGAUUGCUCUGGCUGAUGACUUCUGCAAAGUGCACCUCUUCCAGUACCCCUGCGCCAGACCCAAGGUAAGCCAGCCCUGGCCCCUAAGUACCAGCCCCUUACUAAACACUGCUCAGUGCUACCAUCCCUGUACUAAGCGUAUACUGUACAGUGCCUUUGGAAAGUAUUCAGACCCCUUGACGUUUUCCACAUUUUGUUACGUUACAGCCUUAUUCUAAAAUGGAUUAUAUAUUUAUUUUUUACUCAGCAAUCUACACACAAUACCCCAUAAUGACAAAGUGAAAACAAGUUUUUAGAAAUGUUUGCAAAUGUAUGAAAAAUGUAAAAUAGAAAUACCUUAUUUACAUAAGUAUUCAGACCCUUUGCUAUGAGACUCGAAAUUGAGCUCCGGUGCAUCCUGUUUCCAUUGAUCAUCCUUGAGAUGUUUCUACAAAUUGAUUGGAGUCCACCUGUGGUAAAUUCAAUUGAUUGGAAAUGAUUUGGAAAGGCUCACACCUGUCUAUAUAAGGUCCUACAGUUCGACAGUGCAUGUCAGAGCAAAAACCAAGCCAUGAGGUCAAAGGAAUUGUCCGUACAGCUCCGAGACAGGAUUGUGUCGAGGCACAGAUCUGGGGAAGGGUACCAAAAUUUUUUUGCAGCAUUGAAGAUCCCCAAGAACACAGUGGCCUCCAUCACUCUUAAAUGGAAGAAGUUUGGAACAACCAAGACUCUUCCUAUCGGGGUAGAAGGGCCUUGGUCAGGGAGUUGACCAAGAACCCGAUGGUCACUCUGACAGAGCUCCUCUGUGGAGAACCUUCCAGAAGGACAACCAUCUCUGCAGAACUCCACCAAUCAGGCCUUUAUGGUAGAGUGGCCAGACGGAAGCCACUGCUCUGUAAAAGGCACAUGACAGCCCUCUUGGAGUUUGCCAAAAGGCACCUAAAGACUCAGACCAUGAAAAACAAGAUACUCUGGUCUGAUGAAACCAAGAUUAAACUCUUUGCCUUGAAUGCCAAGCGUCACAUCUGGAGGAAACUUGGCACCAUCCCUACGGUGAAGCAUGGUGGUGGCAGCAUCAUGCUGUGGGGAUGUUUUUCAGUGGCAGGGACUGGGAGACUAGUCAGGAUUGAGGGAAAGAUGAAGGAGCAAAGUACAAAGAGAUACUUGAUGAGAAACUGCUCCAGAGCGCUCAGGACCUCAGACUGGGGCAAAGGUUCACCUUCCAACAGAACAACGACCCUAAGCACACAGCCAAGACAAUGCAGGAGUGGCUUCGGGACAAGAGUCUGAAUGUCCUUGAGUGGCCCAGCCAUAGCCCGGACUUGAACCCGAUCGAACAUCUCUGGAGAGACCUGAAAAUAGCUGUGCAGCAACGCUCCCCAUCCAACCUGACAGAGCUUGAGAGGAUCUGCAGAGAUGAAUGGGAGAAACUCCCCAAAUACAGGUGUGCGAAGCUCUUAGCGUCCUACCCAAGAAGACUCGAGGCUGUAAUCGUUGCCAAAGGUGCUCCAACAAAGUACUGAGUAAAGUACUGAGUAAAGGGUCUGAAUACUUAUGUAAAUAUGAUAUUUCAGUUUAUAUAAAUUAGCAAACAUUUCUAAAAACCUGUUUUUGCUUUGUCAUUAUGGGGUAUUAUGUGUAGGUUGAUGAGGGGAAAAAACAAUUGAAUCCAUUUUAGAAUAAGGCUGUAACAUAACAAGAUGGGGUCUGAGUACUUUCCGAAGGCUGUAACAUACUGUAACAUUAGCUUCAAAUCAUAUAAUGUGCUGACAUGUGUCUCCUUCCUCCGCAGGCACCGAGCCACAAAUAUAGCGCCCACAGCAGUCACGUGACUAAUGUGACCUUCAUGUACAACGACAGUCACUUAGUGUCCACGGGUGGGAAGGAUACCAGUGUCAUGCAGUGGCGUCUGGUGGAGAAGACCCCCUCGUUGGUCCCCAGCGACUCUUCCCUCUCUCUGGGGGAGGGGCUCCUGCAUAACUCCAACCCCCGCGCCCCUAUCCCAACGGUGGCCCUGACGCCCACCCCCACCGAGCAGGCCGCGAUGCCAACCCCAACUCCGCCCUCCGUCCUCGACCUGACCUCUGACCCCCCAGUGGUGCCCUGCGGGGGUGCGUCAAUCGUCACGCCUCCCCCCACGCCCACCGAGCCCACGACCAACGGACGGCAGGAGAGCUCCCCUGAAACCCCUCCCCACUCAGAGCUGACCCCACCCCGCUCAGAGUCUACCCCGCCCCCCUCCCACAGCACGCUGAGCCCCAAGGACAGCCUGGACCCCAGCGAUGACUUGGCCACGCCUAGCGACGAGGGCUGCCCUUUCACCUCACCCUCGUAA